UCAUCUUCCGGUUUUGCCGAUCGCAGGUGAUUCCCUGCCAAACUCCACAUGGACCUCCAGGAUCUCCAGAUAUACAAAGUUCAAUUUCGAAAGGUAUGGUGAAGAUUAAUAUUAUUUACAACUAGGCAAAAGGUUGUCUUGCAAAUGUUAUCUGUGUUUUGAAAUUCACUAUUAUGAAAAUUUUUAGAUUAGGCAGGAAUGGAAGCUAAGCAAUGCAACUAAUGCUAGCGACCUCCCUGUGUGUAUAUAGCCACACAUCGUUAUGCAUUUCCUUUUUAUAUCAAUGUGUAAUUAAUUACCAUACCCCUAACUCUUGGUAAAGUAACUUAAUAUAAUCUAAUCUAAAGAUAGCUAAAAUUUAAACUACUUAUACGGUGUGUUGUUGUGGAUCUGCAGUUUCUUAGUGAGCAAUAACCAAGCCAGGCACAUCUAUUGUCAUGUUCACAUGGUUAACAACUUUGAAAGUGCCAAAGUCUACUACUACUUCUACUACUCUAUCAUUAUUUGAAUAGAAUAAUAACAAAAAUAAGCCUGUGAUACACACAGGCAGACAACAGCUUCAUCACUAGCAUUGGUUUCUAGCAUAAAUUUAAGAUAAUUUUUGAAUGAUAAAGUAUAAAAGACGAAUAACAUUAUUAACAAAAAAAGAUUGUAAAACAGAAAAAGUAAUUCAUGUUAACUUUACCUUUCGAAUUUAAAUGAUAUUGUUGGAUUAUGGAGCAGUGCAUAGAAUCUCUAUGAAAGAAAUCCUACCGAUACCCUGCAAUUACUAACUCGGAAGUAAACCAGAGGUUGAGUGACAUUAGUGUGAAUUCCCCUUAUUGGCUACCUCUCUGGAGCUCUUCCGGAGGCCAGCCAAGGGCAGAGCAUGAUGUUUGGGGCCUGCCUCCUCUAUCUUGGUCAAUUAGUAGUGCCGUGUUACCUGCUCUGUUGUGGCUGUCUCCUCACAUGCUGUUGGAGGCGAGCCAUUCCACUAUGUCUGAAGCUCAGAUGAACUACGGAGACCCUAUUGCAAUGAUGUCAUUAGUUAGUGAGUCUCAUUUAGAUCUAAUGAAACUUCCCAACAAAUUUAUUUUGAAGCGGUUUACAUCUUCUUACAUCCUUUAAUGUUUUAUAAAGUUUGUAAUUGUGCAGCUUACUGUCUAAAUUUUUUAACAUUUUGAAGUCAUUUGCAUUUUCCACGCUGAAAAAAGUACACAAAGUUCUAGAGAGUCCCUCUUUUUCUUCUCUAAGUAUCUGUACUCUGAAUAGAGAAGCUAAAUCAAUGGACUUUUCAUUAUCUCACAAAUUUACAUAUGUCUAGCAUAGCACUGCUAUAUCAACCUAAAUCUGACCUAAUUCCCAUGCAUUCCCACUCCACUCCCAAAGACUGUGGCUCUGUCCCCUUUGUCCAGCCGGAUAGUGGGCUGGCAGUCUGGCCUUGAGAAAACAAAAAAGCUUGAGAAUAAAUAAAGAAUGAAGAGAGUCUAAUCUUAAAUCCUCUUGGCAACGUACCAGAAACAUGCCCCCAGGGAAUGGCAGCUUAAACAGCACAAUUAAAAAAAAACCUGUAAACCUCUGUAACUUCAUGUUACACACGUUUUCUUUUAGUUCUUAGAGUGACUGAUGAAACAGACAGGAUUCAUUUAAAAGUUGAAUUUUUUAUUUCAAACUGCUUUUUGAAAAAGGUACAUGGCAACAAGAUACAAAAAUACCUUCACCUUUUUCAUGCACAAGUGUGUACAAAUGCACAAAUAUACCAGAAAUGUUUUAAGUUUUGCUUUUACAAACAAUGCAUCAUCAUCAUCAUCUUACCGCAUGUUACCGUUAUCAGUGCCAAGGGUUAAGACAAGCAAUCAGGGGUCAGCUUAAAAAGGUGUGGUCUUCUGGAUUGGACAUACAUUUCUAUUACAGGUCCUGUAAAUCCAAAAUAUGCAAACAGCGGUAAUCUGUGGAUUUUUCCUGGAUGCUCAUCUGGAUUCACUCACUAAAGCAUGACCAUCAGGGAAUCCUGAUUCAGGGUUGUAGGUGAUCAUUAGUAACACGCUGGAAAGUUUUAAUAUAUGCUCUUAAACAGUUGUGAUGAGGGAUCUGUGCUUGAUCUGUACCACUAAUUUGAGUUGCUGCUGUUUUAUACAGUAUGUGCCUGUUAUUAAUUGUUUCAUAGCUACACUUGAACUGAGAGAACCUGCUGUCUUUAAAAACAAAGAUAUUAACGUGAAACACAAGUGACACUGUCUAUAGGUCAAAAAGUAAAAAAAAAAAAGUGUUAAAACAAACAUACUACAUGAUUUCAUAAUGUAAAUGGGAGUUGAAGUAACGGUUGUGGAAAAAGUCACAGCCCAAUAAGACAUUUACAUUCAUUUUCUUGUUAAACACUGAAUUUGACCACAACUCCUCAGGGUGAAAAACUUCUCUUCAGUUUGAGAGGUGAAUUCAACUCCAGUUGAAUACUCGCUGCAGUAAAUCAUGUCUCAUAUCCUCAUAAGCUCAACAGUGGGAGUCGAGUUUGUUCAUGACUUUAAGUAAUGUGAGGUCUAAAUUCUAAAGCAGCAUUUUUUUUUAUCCAUGUGAGCAAAGAUGCCCCAAAUCCCAAACUUCACACAUCUAAUCAUUCUAUGGAGGACAAACUAAACUUACAUGGUGUUAGACAACCAUCAAGUUCUUGUCUCUGUCAUAUCACUCAUACAUUGGCACUGUUGCCUUUUCUUCAACAGUCUUUAUUCUUUAAAUCAAUGGAUGCACAGUUAGAGAAAAAACAAAACUUAAUGGCUACAAAAUAUUUUGUCAUUCAUUGCAUAUGGAUGUAAGAUGUACAGUAUUGGCUUUUUAGGAGUUAAAAAUGGUUAUCACAGUUUCAGAAACGUAUUGAGUUCAUGCUAGUUACGAUCCAAAGCUUGUAAGCUUUAUAGUUGAUGUUAUUUGAUGUGUUUGCUGGAGCUCUUUGGUGGUUAUGGUUUCCCUACUUCUAUCUACCCCCUCACUGCUCAUCUUUGUAGCAGUAGACGCCGUAAGACUUGACAUCUUUGUCAGGGAAUCCAUGGAAGCGCACUGCAGCUUCUGUGGGGCUGCAGUUCUUGCGAGGCCUGGAGAUGGGGUAGCGAACACUUCCAUCAGCCAACCAACCAGCAUCGCAACGGUCAUAACCCUCAAGCUUCCAGGCUGCGUACAUGUGGCCCACAUUGGCGAUCUCUGCACCAUCAUCUAUGCAUGCCUGCACAGCCUCGUCAAAGGUCAGUCUGUCGGGUUGAACCAGCCAGUAGAAACGUCCUGACAGAAGUGAAAUGGUAUAUUUGUGAUAAAUGAAUUCGAGAAGAAGCAAAUAUGUUAAAUUUAUUCUAUCAAAUCAAGUUAGCCCACUUGACGUAUAUGUACUGAAACCUUAGUCUAAAAUGUGAUGACUGGGACAAGCCUAACACAAAACUAAUAAAGAAUUAUGAAAACUUAUGAUAUCAAUACGGAAACACUCACCAUUCAGUGGAGAAGCAAAGCAGAAGACAUCGAAGCGGCUAUUUGUUUUGUCGCGGUUGCCGUAGUUUCUAACUCCUGGUCCGUUUUUGGUGCCACCACAAGGAGCUCUGGGUUUGACGAUUGGAUACUGCACACUACCAUCAGCCAGCCAGCCAGCAUUGCACCAGUCAAGUCCAUCCCUCCAGGCACCUUCGAGCUGAUCAUGGGUGGCGAUAGUUGCAUUUAGGUCUGCGCAGGUCUGGACAGCUUCAGCGUAGUUCAGGUUGUAACGGCCCCCAGGGUGAGAGUAUGGGAACACAACGCCUGUGUAAAGCCGGAGAGAUGACACAAAUGGGAUAUAAUAUUUUAAUAUUUCAGUGAGUUUUUGAUAUUAUGUUAGUUAAAGAUGGCCUAUUAGUAAUUUGCUUACAUAAAUUGUGCUUGUCUGACCCACUGCUGGAAAGAAAAGAUAGUCUUGUGCAAACUGGAUUUGAAAGUCUGCUGCAUUUAUGAUCAAAGCAAAUUAGGAAACUACUUUCAUAUGGAGCCAACAAGAGAUGGUAAAAUAUUCAUUCACACUAAAAACUGAGUCUGCACAUCAAUACAGUCCAAAUCAAGAGAAGUAUAUGUGCAUGAUGAUGAAGGUUUAAUAUUCAGAAAGGCUCUGAUAGUUGAUAUAUCAAGUUUCACUUCAGUAAAUCACUAACUGUUCUCCAGGAUUUGCAAUGAAGAUGUGAAAACUGUAUCAGAGUCAGAGGGUGAUUUUGUUCAUGACGCUUUCCUUUUACACUCCACCCAAAUUGAGCCUUCACACGUGUGAAAAAAGAUCAAUCUGGGUGGAUGGGAGCUGCCCUUUGGCUCUGGAAGUGCUCAAACAAACACCAAUGAUUGAACGUGUUGUCAACAAAGGUUUGAAGAGUUUGUGAACAAAUAUGUGAGUAACCGUUUUUCUUUGGCACUUUUGAAAAAGGAGACAGGUUAGAGAUCAAAAAUUCUGAUAAGUGAGACGGGUGUAUGAGGAUAUGGACCAGAGGAGCGGAAAAGGAGUGUUUCUGCACACUCAUCUUGAACAGAGUUCAAAUGUAAUCAUGACUGAAUCAUCACAGUGGUUUGGAUAAAUCAGCACAAGCUGUCUGUUUUUCUUCUCCACAGAAAAAGGAAAUAUGGAUGUUUUCAAUAACUAGAGACAAGAACUUUGCAAAGGGAGAAGAUCAAUCCAGCAUGCAUUAAAAUCAGAGAAAGGAAAUUUAAAAUGACUAGAACAAGAAAGCAACAAAUGUCCUCCACAAUUUCAUUUCAGCUCUUACUUUGAAGCCCAUCCCCAACCCAGGCCUUGAAUAAUAAAUGUACAGAGAAGGAUUUACCUUCAAGGGCAACAACUCCAACUUCCAGUUCAACAUCGAUCAUGGUGUCAUCCAUCCCAUUGAUGAUCUCGCAGCGGUAUUUUCCGGUGUCGUCUUUGGAAACCUCGUACAUUAUCAAGGAGGCAUCUUCAUUGUCAAGCUCUUGCAGAAAGACACGGUUCUCAAAGCUUCCGUAGGUCUUCUUGUGGAAACCCAUGGACAACAGCACAUCCUCAUUCAGGGACUCGUCAUCUGCCACUUUGGUCCAUUUAACUCGGAUACCAACCAUACCAAAGGAGGAUGAGUCGUGGGCCAGGAGCCGACAGGGCAGGGUAACAUUGGCUCCUACAUCGGCUAUAACCUUAGCUGGAAUAAAAGAAAACAUUACAUAACUUAACUGAGGUUCGGUGGUAAUUUGGCGUGUGAUCCGUGGAACUAAAGUGAAAAAAUAAUAGCCAAUGGUGCAUAAAUCUGUGUGAUGAUUUCUAAGAUUGCUUAAAACUGAGGCAGUUUUGAGUACACCAAAUCAAAAAAGGCCUAAAUAUAUGUGAUAUAUUAUCACGUUAGUUCCACAGUAUGUUCUGGUAUGUUCACUGUAUAAUACAUGUGUUUCAGAUGUGCAGUUACAGUAAGUGUAUUUGUCACAGAUGCUAUCAAAGAGUCUGGGUGUUUCUUGUUUGGUUUAUUAGAUACAGGUUGGACACUAGCCAGUCUUCAGCCCCCAGAGCCAAUCUUCCCCUUCACUCUCCUUCCUGCUCUCCUCAGCGUAGGCACUUAUAAACCUUUAGCUCGAAGCAUUAACCCUCAACAUACAGUUUUUAUGUGUCAUCUGCUCCGUCUGAUUUUUGUUAGGUACCAAGUGGAUAACAGGAGAAGUAAGCAUAAAGCAUUGUUAAUGAUAUACAGAGUUGAGCUGUCAUCAUUAUUUUCCCCUCUGUGUAUUUACUCUGUGCACUUUCAUUAUAUCCUUUCUGUCUAAGCCGGACCACCCUUUAAAUCAAAACAGCAGGUCAUUUGUGUCUCGCCGCGGGUUCCCACAAUCUCCUUGACCCUCAUGUUUAGACCUCACAGGGCUUGCUUAGUUAAGAAGACCCUGGCCAGCGAGGGGUGGCCUGUGCCAAGCAAUAAUAAGCACCAGAUGGACGGAUGGAUGUGAUCCCUAACACCCAUCCCCCCCACAGGUACAGCUUUAUGAGCCAACUUCGUAGAGGGGUUUAAACUAUAUAAUGCCCAGGAGUUGUAAGACAAUAAAGUUAUUAGACGAAUAAGAGAAUAAAUCACUCUUGCAGACACAAAUAUUAGUCUUAUGCAACAUGCUGUUUUUGGUGUAAUGGUUCAGUCUCUUGAAUGUCUGUAGUCAGUAGAAGAAGCUGAACUGAUUUAUCUUACUGAUUUGAUUUCUCCACCCUUACCCAGUAUGGAUAAUCUGUCCAACCUAGUCAGCCUCUUUUCUGACUCAAAGUAAUGUGUCUGGGUGUCUCACUUUAGCAGCCCUGCCUGCAUAAUAACCAAAUAGGAAGUACAGGGAACAAUCACAGUGCCUGGUUUGCUGCAUUUCACUCUAAUCAACCCGUAACCCCAACCCCCAAAACCCAAAUGCACCCACUGACUUUUAACAAACUCAGUGCCAAAACUGUCCCAGUCUGCCUUUCUAACCUCACAGUGGGUGCUUGCCUAGACUCUGUUCAGCGCUGUUCAGAUCAUUAAUAUUGAGCUUUCCCUCAGAAGGAUUUAAUUAGCUGAAGCACUGCUGACAGACCUAAUCUACCCUUCGGUCUAACUUCAUGCCAUUUUUCUUCCAUCUUUUAUUAGACUGCAGUACUUCUCAUAUGGCAGAGACUCCUUCUACCCAAUCGUCCCACCCAGUAGCCUCACUGACUGGUCAACAAGAUGCCAGGUAUUUUAUGAGUAAAGAAACACCUUUUAAAAACUUCAAGUUACUCAUGUCUUCGAAAGCAUUUGCGAUUCCUCAAUGCCUGUUCUGUCAUUGAGGAAUGACUCAAGCUCCCUGAGCCUCAUAAACUCUUAGCAUGGGUAGCAGUUGGAUAGAGUGUGAUUGAACCUAAGGGGUCAAGGAUGACUAAACUGUUCAUCAAACACCCUGGCAAAAGUGAUGGCCAUGGUGACGUCAAUGGUAGCUUACCAGAUGUGGUGCCAUCCAACAUUAACACCUAAAAUUUUCUCAGGGAAUCAGAAUAAAGGGGUACAUUGUACCCUUUUAUGAAGGUACUUUUCCAUCCAAAGAUUACAGUAAAAACAGAUGGAUGUAGUUUGUGAUCUUUAAAUGUAAGAUGAAAGGAAGAAACUGUGAAAUUUCACAGCACAAUGCAUAGACACUAUCGCUGGGUUUACGGGCGUUAACAUUAUGUAUGUCCAGAAGUGAUAAGUUUCAAAAUCGUUCAAAGAUAGACUAAUGUUUAGGUAAGAAAACACCCAGUUAAUAGUAAACAUAGAGUUUACUAGUCAGCUAAUUAACUUUUCCAAAUUGAUUUAUCAUCAGCAACACCAGCCUCCUGUGCAUUUUUCAGAUUAGCGCACACAUGCCUGUGCUGGUUACAAGUUGCUCUGGUUGAAUGUUCAAAUGCCAGAUCAAAAUAUCAUCUAUUGUCUGUGCCUGUUUACAUCCUGAUAGUAGAGCACCAAAAUAUUGUAUCCACAGCUGUUAGCCCCACCUAAUGGCACCCCACCUAACUCCAUUAAACUGAAAAUAUUAAAGAUUUCUUUAGCUAGCUGGUAAAUCUGGUCCUAGCUUGCAAGCGUGUGAACAUUUAAUCAGUUAGCCAACUAAACACACACAUCUCCUGUAAGCAUAUUGACUUCAUAUUGUAUAAAUCACAACAUGAAAGCAUUUAAAAACACUCUGAGACAUAUGGCGUACUCUGGAACACAUUAAAGGUAAUGAUGCCUGUGAGACGGUGGUAGCAGACGGAGAAACAGGCAUGUUGAAAGUAAUUCCACACUCUCUUCCUGCUCCUGCAGUAACCGGCAGACACAUGUCCCACAGGAGAAUGUGGCCCCGACAGUGUGGGGCACACUACUCUCAUAAAGUAACAGCCUGUUGUGUGUACUUAGUCUUUCAGGAAGAGAAGGAAGCCUUUCUUUUCUUUGUCACACCUCACACCACAUCCUAUUUAUGUAAGACUCCCUGAAUUCAAAGGUGGUGCUAAAUUGUGCCGUUUUACAUAAAAGUGGGUGGUCAGAUCAGUCUGAAUGGUUGCUAUCUGAAUUUGUUGUGUUGUGUUGCAAAUACGUAAAAGAAACACAUGUGCAUGACAAUUAAAAAAAGACACCCUCUGCAGCUGAAGCCAAGACCUACUGAGAUUUUAUGACUGAGCACAAUCCACUCUCAUUCUUUUAAAAGUUGUAAUAGCAAGUGAUUGGAACCAUCUGCUUCUAUGUAACGCUGAAUUGUAAAUGCACAACAAUACAGCGGUCCAAGUCUACUCGCUGACCCACAUUUUCUGGAACCUCAUGGGCCUAAUGAUGCUCUUAAACCCUUAGGUAUAAUUUGCGCUCCAGGUGAUUGAAUGAACAAAAUGUUAGUGUACUGGCUCACAUCCUUCUUCAAUAAAACGGUACCAGUAACCAGAGCACAAGCUGCAUGUUUUAAUCAGCUUGAGCAUAAUGUGCCACACCCUCUGUCAGGGCAGCUCGUGGUGACACGCAUUUCCAUGUCCCACAGCGUUCUUCUUCUGCCGCAUCUGGCUUGCCAGUGUCAAUAUGGAGAAAGAAUUAACUAGCACAGCUGGGAUAAACACAGCAGACUUCCUCCUACACUCCAAUUCCAGUGAAAUCUUUUCCUGCUUUCUAUCAGAGAGCAAACAACAACAUGGGUGUGUAUCUAUACCAGGGUACAUGGGAAAAAGGUAUCCAGGCUAACAUUUUGAGUCGUGCUAAUUGACUUAAAUGCAAUGGCGCCAAACAUGGCAUCUUAUCUUUAAGAUGCCUAAAUAUAUUCUAAAACCCAGCCCCAACCUCUUUUUCAGUCAAGCCCCUUUUCCCACCCAGCCCUUAGCAACCAGGCCAAGCCUCGGUAACCAACAACUACUGUAAGCAUUACACUUAACAGACUAUUACCUCACAGGGAAAAACAGAGUCAUUUGGCUUCUGUUCAGCCUGGGACUCUAUAUGUUUGGCUUUGGGUCGUUAAUCUUAACUCUGUUCCUGUCAGGCUGCCUGUUACUGUGGCAGAUGUCCAAAAACUCCCAGUGCCAGAGUGAGUCAGUAGGUAUAAGGACAGGCAACACCCCAUGAUCAGACAGAGAAUGCACUCCUCAUAUGGCUAAUAAAUCUGCACUGUAUGGAACAAUGAUUAAACUGAGCCAAAGCUUUUACGUAACCCAGACGGUGAGGUCAUGCAUAUAAAUAUAUACGUACAGUGUAUACACAAAACACAUGUGACUUUACUGGCCAAUAGGAUGAAAUUUCAUGUUUGGAUUAAGAAAAAGAAGCUCUCUCCACCCACAGUGAAUAUUUUCCCCACCCAGGAGCUAUUUUCUCCCCUCUCUGAGGUAAGAAAGCUAAAAAAUCCCUAAUUCGACGUCUACUGAGUCAGCUUGCAAAGCUGCUGAAAGCACAUUAAAUAUCACUCUUACACAUGAAAGUUUUCAUUCUAGCCUGCCAGUUUUUUUUCUUUCUUUCACCACAGAAAUAAAAAAGAUGCAUGGUUUCAGAGCAUCUCAGAGUUUCAUGCUGAUGCAGGUGUGAUUCAGAAUUUUAAUAGGCUUAUGAUGGAGUGCAGGUGCCUUCAGAUACGAAUGUUUUCGUUUUUGUUUAAAUUUUCUGCAACAGGAAAAUGAGGAAACACAACAGAUUAAAUCUCAGGGAAAAAAGAUCAAAUCUCCAGACUUUGCCAUGAGAAAUUCUUGCCUUUUUUGUACUUGAACAAAAUCAUCAUUCAAAAAGUUACAAGCCUACUAGCCCAGUUUUAGGGGUAAAACCAGUAGCAUUAGAGGUGUGGUCCUCAUUCAGUCUUGCUGACUGUGUGAGCCUCAGUGAAUUACAGGAUAAUUUAGAGUCUACACUGUGCUGGUCUGAAUGCAGCAGGUCAGUGAGUCAAUGGUGAGUCACACUGUCUGUGUAUGUUUGUGUAUGUGUGUGAUGUACCCCAGAGACGAUCCUGUUACCCAUUUCUACAAUGAACCUGUUGUUACAGGAUUCUGGGAUAUGUUACCAGUUUUUAGCAAUUUCAUCAUCUUUUUCCUCAUGCACAAUGACAAAGUACACACCCACAAAAUUAUACAACAUGCACAGACUCUUAAAUAUUUAACUUUUUUGCAUAAAUAUUGUCUUACCUGAUACUGAGAAGGGAGGGCUUGUCGGCUGGCUGUAUGCACUGCCAGCAACAGUCAGCACGAAUAUUGUAAUGCACAGCAGACUCGUCAUUUUUUUCUUUUUUUUCACACAAAAGGCCCUUUUUAGAAAAGUGGAAAAAUAAAAUUUGAAGAACUAAGUUAUCAAAGUUUUAAAUAAUUUAGGAAAGCCAAAUGUAAACUUAGACAAAUUUGGAUUCUCUUUCAAUUUCUAUUCAUCUAGCUGUCCUUCCUUCUGUCUGUCUUUGUGCAGCAGCCGCCAGUGGUGCUACUGGAAAGUUUGGGCUCUUUAGUGGUCCAGACAAGUGCCUUUUAUUGAAGCUUUGCACGGUUGAGACCACUCCCCCUCCUCUCAUCACCAUGCAUAGCUCUAUACUGGCUCCCCUCUGCCACAUUAUCUUGAAAAACUCCCUCCUCUCUCUUGGGAGAAUGAAUGAUGCAGUUACACUCCAAAGAAUUAGCCCUGCAGAUAAGUUUUGGAGAAAUAUUGGACUGAACUUCAACUAAAAUGACUUGACAGUAAAAAUGACUAACCUAUGAUCAAAUUUAAUCUGGUCACCUUUGUUCUCAUCUGGGGAUUUGUUGAGGCAUAAACUUGAAAUGUUAAAAUGAUUUUGCAUACACCCAUUGUUCCCAGUAUUGUGACUUAAGUAAACUCCUGUUCUUUUUUACUCUGAUUUGUUUCAGUUUUACAUCCUAUCUAAUUAUUAUUUUAACUUUCAUGGCCUUUUUACUUGGCUUUAUUUUAAAAAAUAAUAAAAAUGAGUAUCAUGAAUAAAAACUUCAGCUGUGCAUUACACCAAAUUCUCAAAAUGACCUGGACACUUUCCACUAUUCAUGUACAUGUGUGCUGACUUUGCAGCUUUGUUGGCUUAAACGUGUGUUGGAUGCAAUACCAUUAAAUGUAAAGGGGCCAUAAAAAUGAUGUAUACAGAAAGUCUGCCUUCAGGUUGUACUUUAGCAUGUACUUCUUUGCUUCUUAAAUUUAUUACCCCCCCUUUCCCUCUUUUUCUUUCAUUUCCCCACAGCAUUAAUUCUGUACAUACAAUUUUGUUCUCUUGUCGAGUUUGAACAUUUCCAACAUCUGUAACCAAGUCAGCAGAUCCCCACCCUCCUCACAGUCCGAUACUUGCAGAGUCACUGCAAACUGCAUGUGCACGUUUCUUAGUCUUUUUUUUUUAAAUUGUGGCACAGUUAAGAGAGUACAUCUAGAGGGGGUAGGACAUGGAUGUGCGAACAGUCAUGAGCUGAGGGGGCCUGUGUGGUCUCCUCUAAACGUUUAUUCAGCCGUCCCAAUUGUCUCUGAAGGAUGGUGCAGGGAGUGCAGAAACACGCUGCAGAUGCUGCCCCUGGACCACUCCAUCAUUGGAGUUGUUGCAGCUGGGAAAACCCAAACAGUUUUCUUGCUCUCUGUCUCUCUUUUUCCUUCCUUACCCCUGUCUGUCAAUCCCUCAGACCCCGCAGAGAUUACAUGGUGGGCCCCUGUUGUAUACUCUAAAGUCCCAGCUUGCCCCGGGUACAGCCCCUCGACUCCUUCCCUUAAAACGCCCCAGCCCUCUAGAGAUCUGAAAAACUAUUGCAUAAGACGGUACACUGAGUGAAAUUAUAAACAUGCAUGGCCCCAGUGUGAGGGCACAGAGACUCCUGACACAGAGUGAGUUAAAACCGCUCACCUACUGCAUCAUGGCAGCAUCUGUGAGGUACUCUGAGCAUAUCAAAGGCAAUUGUAGUAAUUUAACCGUUAACGGCAAGAUUGCUGCAUCAAAGCAGACGCUUCCUUCCUUCCCAGCAACCAGCUAUUUGUGCAAACAGAAAAAUCUGGUAAACAUGUGUUUGAAGAAAAUUACCUUUGUGUUACGAUAUCCCCAUGCUGUCCUGCUUGACAAGAAAAUUUAAAAAGGAAAGGAACAGUUUGCAGAAGCUUUGGAUUAACUUAAGCGAGGUAGACACACUGAGCAUGAAAAUAGAGAAUUAAAAGAACACAGACUUUCGAGAAAAAGAGGUACAUGACAAGACAAGAGUUUCUGAUCCAGUUCUACAAAACUGUAAAUAUUAACAUGGUCUACAAAACUACAUCUAAAGAGCUUGGUAGUUUCCAUGAGAACUACAUUACAAUGAAGAAGAAAGUACACAGCUCGUACUCAGAGUGAAAUUACUGUUCCAUCUACAUCUCCUCAGAGCUGUCUGCUCAACGUGAGCUACGAGAGCUUACGUAAUUACAGCAAUUAGCUGCUGCAUGGAGGCAUACACAUACAGCGCUCACUCUAGAUAGAUAGAUUGAUACAUAGAUAGAUAGAUUGAUACAUAGAUAGGUAGAUAGGUAGAUAGAUAGGUAGAUAGAUAGAUGGAUAGAUAUGUAAAGAAAGAGAGAGUGGGGGUGGGGUGGGGACACGUACAAAAGUAAGUCAAGUAAGGUUUUGAACCAUGACGUGGUCUUCUUGAAACAUUUAUAACUGGAGUAAAUUUGCUGUCUGGAAGACUUUAUGUCUGAUGACAUGGCCAACUCCGUAAAGUAGUCUGCAUACAAAUGUCAUGCAAAUUUGAAGCGCAUUAUAUCAUGACAAACAAUGUAAAACAAGGAGUAUGUUUCGGGGCAUUUCAGUCCAGCUCUGUGGUCCAAGUACAAAGAGUUGGUUCACAGAGAUAAUUAAAUGUUGUUUCUGUUCGUAAUUUCAGGGCAAAGGGAGAGAAAGGUUUGCUAACAGCUUGGAAAUAUUACAGACCCCAUGUUGCAGUGAAAAUGGGGACAAAUGAGGGAAAUACAUAAAGAAAUUAUUGUGCAGGGAAGUGAACCACUUCAUCAAGUCAUCUGAGGUGAUGUUAUCCUUUGUUGAUCGUUGAUUUUUAUAAUUUCCUGUUUUAUUUUGAAACUCGCCCUCGCCUCAGUAGACCCUGCCCUCAUUGGACUCACCUGUGUCUUGUUUACCCUCGAUUGUCUUUGUACUUGUACACUGUGUUUCUUCCCUCUUGCUGCCAGCUAGUUGUGUGUUCCUCGGUGUCGCCUUGUUCCAGCGUUGCUGAUUCUUGGAAGUUGUUUCCACAUUUGCUCGCCUUUUUAAAAUCUUCUACUUUUACUGAUGGCCUGUGAAUCGAACAUGGACUGGACUUAGACUGUUUGUUUUAAAACUCUGCCGUGUGAUUUGUGCAUUUUGGAUCCAUCAUUGCUGACUCCAUUGCUUCUGUCAGACAGAGAGUCAGUCAAUUCAGUAAUCACUUUACCUCAGCCAAGCACUGAACAAUCUUUUGUGGUCUUUGUUUUUUUUAUUUUGUAUAUUUAGUGUUUCUGUUUUAUACGUGUCAGUUAAAAUCCACAUAAAACAGCUGGAUGCUAAAGAUCCGACUGUGACUAAAAAGUCAAAUUGAAAACAGAUUUGCAUUUUGUAACUUGCAAACAGAGUAAUUCUACAUCAGAUGGACUGCAGCCUCACAUAAAACAUGUAGUAUACUUGAAAGAAAGGCUUUGAAAUAUAAAGAUGAUUUUGUUUAGGCAAGGCUCCACUAUGUCUCCUCUGAAUGAGACCUCAAGAGGUUAAUUUCUGCACUUGGUGAUGGGAAAGUGACUCGAGGAAAACAUAAGUAAAUACUCCUCUGUUUAAAAACCAGCGGCUCUGGAGAUUAGCGCUGGCAUCUUCACUUUUCCGGCAUUGACAAAAUAACUGAAAUAGUCUGUAUUUUCAUGUCAUACACAUCCCAUUUGUAAGCCCAUGUGUGUACGUUUUUGCAUAUUUCUUAAUACUGCGCAUCUGUAUGUGGACACAUUUGGGAGUACAGAAUGUACUGGCCUGUAUAGAUGUAUAUUGGAUGGCUUGAGCCUGAGAGGAGUCCACCCAGGGUCCCCCUCACGUGUCUCGUGUGUCUGAGCCAAGUCUCAGGGCCAUGAGCACAUUCACAGCUGGCUCUCUGCAAGCUCGGCUCCCACCUCUUGGAUGGGUGUUACGAUCUCUGUUAACAUAUAGCAGCCCUCCGGGUCCCGCCCAUCUGAGGCAUAAGGGGCAGAAUGGCGCGUAGCAUCUGAAAAGUGACUGUGACCUUUGGGACUCUCUUAUAUAAAGCUUUCCAUGAGGCAGGAGAGGAAGGGGUCAGAGCUGAACAAGCAUGGGUUUUCCCAUGUAAGCCAGGUUCACAUUAGCCACCGCCAAACAUGUGGUUGUCAUUAUCUGCACCAGAAGAACAUGUGAUUUGGCUAGAAACAUCGCUAAAGAUGACGCUCCUGUUAAUAAGGCAUUGAUGCAACAGGGAAGUGAGAGUCUGGGGCUUUGAACAACCUGGGUGGAAUGAAUAAGCAAAUAUAUUGCAUGGGUACAUACGUGAGCAGAGCAUCACUGACGCCCCACAGCUGGUGUGUCUCAGAUAAUCCACUCCAUAUCAGAUCACAGAGCAACCAAAAGGACUUGCUUUGUUUUGUUUUCAUCAUGGACUUUCUCCGUCAUCGGAUCCUGAUUAGAGGUGGCUCCACACAUGGUGGCCUUGGUUGGUACUCGGCUCCUUGCGUUGUUCUGCUUGCCAUCAGUGAGAAAUGGCUGAAUGGUGGCCAGGGUCUCAGUGGAAGCAGAGUAGUAUCACUGUGCUUGGGUGUUCAGACAUGUCAUACAUCUGUUUUGCUUUAGGGCAAAAUCACAAUGCAGCAGUGAUGAAACCCAAGACCUUCAAAUUACCCUUCACACCCAAGUGGAUUGAGAGAUCAAAAACCACUUAAAUGUAACAUGACAUUUAACUUGAUGAAUGCCUAAUACUGAGGUCUGGCCUGAUACUUUUGCAAUAUUUCUUUUUAAGUGUGCUGCGAGUUGUUGUUUGAUUUUGUCUCGCAUUACCAAUGGUAUCCUUUAUUUGUUUUUCUUUGGUAGCUAGAAGAGAACAUCAGACCGAGUUGUUAGGCGUGUUUACUUUCUGACUCGAAAGCUUCCGCUACCUGUAAUUUCAUUCCUCACAUUACAUAAGAAAAGAAACUUUCCAAUUCAAUUACAUUAAGUGAAAUGCUGACUUCUCAGCAUGUGUAUAACCCAAUAAAAGGAACAUUCAGUAUUGUGUCACAACGAUAUGGAAGGACUUAGUGUGGCUAGUUUGCUAACAUGUAUUGACACCAGUUUCUGUGCCAGUGGGUGACAGGAUUAUUGUUGGUUUUGUUGUAUGUUAAAGGGAUAUUCCGGCAUAAAACUAAUUUAGGGUCAAACACACCGUAACACCAAGUUAGACACCACCUCGAGAGAUGAAUGUUAUGAUGAAUUUAUGAUUAUUACUUUAUCAUUUCCUUGAAGUAAUAAUCAUCAUAUUAAUCGUUUUGCACUGCAGACGCGGUAGUUCUUCUGUCUUAGCGUCUCGGUCUGAUUGCAUUUCCAUGAAGAAAUGAUCACAAAUGUUCUUCCUUGAGCUGUGUCACCCCGCAGCAGUAAUGGAUUGGCCUGAGGUCUUGCUACAAACAAGCGGCUGCUGGAAGAGAGUUGGUGAGUUGUGUUUAGUCUCUUUGCUAAAUUAAUCAGGCAAAUUCAAAAGAUUUUUGGCUAGUGCUUUGGCUAGGACCCUAUAUUUACUGUUGAUGAAGUUAGGUGCUGUUCUGAGCAUUAUUUGUGGUUAUAGAGUGGCGUUUUGGUUGAGGUCUGCACGUGGAUCUAUAGACAGAUUUGUAUUGCUAUUAUGUGAUCAUUACUAAAGUUGGUAUAACUAGAGAAGCAAGUGGUUGGCAACAUUAUCUCUCGGGGGUGUUACGGUGUGUUUGACCGUAAAUUAAUUUUAUGCUGGAAUAUCCAUUUACUUUGAUCUAAAUGUAUACUUUCUGCACAAAACUAAGAUGAGACUCUUGUGUUUUCAUGUGAGAGUUGUACAAUCCAAAAGAGUUUCGGCAAACUUUGGCACACUGCAGCAGAACACUCUGUCUGGAAAUUAGACCGGGCGUAAUCUAAUCUAUUGUGAUGCAAUCCUCAAGCCUACUGGCAGUCUUCUUUUAAUGAAUCAGCUUUAACUGACGUCUUAAAUAGCCAAGUGCAGCUAAUAAUCCCCUCCUAGAUGUCAUUUCUCAACACCAACUCCCCUUUCUCAUCACAAGCUGCUUUUCAACUGUAAACAACACAAACGCACGAAAAAGCAAUGUCUGCCAGAGGUCCUUACAACACGGUUGAUCUUAAAAGGUUGGCCUGAGCUCGACCAAUCAAAGCUUUUGUCACAGUAAGACAAUGGCUAAUGGUUAAUGUGGUUUAUCUGCUGCCAAGUGACAUCAACUGAAGUGUGGAAGUUAAUAUUUAAAACUUAAUACUUGGGAUUAUGGUUUGAUCUGAUAGCCUCGAAAACGAAAUGGUCAUCAGAUGACCCGUGAGUUUCUAGAUUGCUUGCUAACCACUUAUUGAAAAAAAAAAGGGAAGAAAAAGCACUCUUUUUUUGACUACUUUCCAUAUAGAGUAUUUGUUUUAAAGAAUCACAAUUUAUAUUUAUUUAUGUUUCAGAAUUGUGCUUUUGGCGUGAAUCGAUGCAGGGAGCCAACUUGAAUUCAUCCUCACUGUGUGAAUCCAAAGAUUGAGGCUAAGCCAAGCUGGAGCGCUCUCUUGAAAGCCACAUGAAGGCUUUUGCAUCUUUUUUUUUUUUUUCAGACCCUCCAAAGUUCUGGUCUUGCUGACGCAGCAUGUAAACCUCUGUUUUACUGUAUAUAUAAAUAUGUUCAAUACAACUCACAUGGAAUGCUUUCCACCAUGAGGAAACAUUGGAGUGAUUAUACUGCUGUGUCACAAGCAGACAUUUGUUUCUGCUUUUCUCUCUGUAACUUUUUUGUCCUGGUUCCAUCUGAUGCUUUGCCUGCGCUUGGCUGCCAAGCUCACACCAGGGGGCAUGUGGGUGUAUGGCUCUCUGUUAGCCACAGCUGCAGCAGACUGUGGGAGAGGCUGUGCUGUAACACAUCUUGAGCAAUUACGCCAGUUAUGUCAGCUUACAAAAUUCUAUGUUGACAAAAAUUGCUGUCCACCUUAUGGUGCAUGAAUUCUAAUGGGGAGAUUUCACUGUCAACAAGCAUUUUUUUGACAAAGCAAUAAAAGAAAUUUACUGUACCAAUAUGGAUCACUCAAGAAAGGCCGAGUGAUGAAACCAAUUAUUUCUGAAAGGCCAUAUUUUCUGAAUGACAGAGGUGGCCUUAGAUGAAGAACACUAACACUGGUACAGUGAUUUUCUGAUUAGUGAAAAUGAGAGUGGUUAGUAAUGGAAAUGGUAAUCCUAACCGCAAUUAAAUCAUCAUUCGCUGUAAAAACUUCACAAGUAAGGGCGUGUGGCAGACACACACAAAAACAGUCAACCACUGUUGUUCAGAGAGCACACAGAAAGUACCUGAGUUGUCAGUGACUCAGAGCAGCAUACGUACAUCUGAGUCAUGCCUCACAAAAUCAGUGGCGCAUGGUCUGUGUGUAUAGUAUGGCACAACUGGAAGCUGCAGCUGGAUUCAUUUGACCCUCGUUUGAGGUGAGCUAAUGGAGUCCUGGUAGCUACAACACUGUGAGUAACACUCAGAGAUUGCCAUGCUGCCGCGAAAAAUACAAGCCUCCUUUACAGUCUCCAUCAUUUACAAGAACAGGGAAGAGGAAAAGAUGAGAAAGCCUCAGUCAGAAGGGAUAAUUACAGAUGACUAAGUCUGUCACUGUGAUAUCGAGUUUUGAUGUGAUUCACAGGCAAGAGUUUUAGUUUCGCAUCUGCUCUUUUCCGAAUCUCAUGAACUAUAAAUCUCUAAAGGUGAUGAAAUCGACCAUAAAUUUUGGAAUUUAACAGCUGAAACCAAAUGUUUCUCAAACUUUGUCGUUGAUGGUUUAAUCUUCAGCUCCUCUCAAAUAUCAAAAAUCUUAAAAUUUGCAAAUUUCAUCCCAAAUGGCACCCACUUCAUGGGUUCAGUCUUCGUGCUUUUGGACUAUUUAAUUACAUCAGACCAGCUUAGUUUGAACUUUUCCAAGCUUGCACUUCAUCCAUAGUUAUAAGGGGCACACACUUAAAAAGUGCUCUUCAAAACCAGCCAAAUUACUUCCUUGAUCGCAUCAGAUACAGUCCAAAUAAGUGUUACAGUUUCUGCUCCAUGUGAUCGAGUUAGACUACAUUAUCGUACUGAACUCACAGAAACAAACACAAAAGAGAAAGUAGGCUAGAUUAAUAAGAGAUACUCACUGCACUGUAAUGGGAAUAAAAUGUGAGCAGGAACCUGAACUGUGGGAAAAGUGGGUGGCAAGAUCCAAACCACCCGCAUAAUAUUUUAAAGCAAUAACAGAAAGUCUCUUUUAAUGUUGUAAACUCCAUAUAGAGCCAUGUAAAGGUAAACAGAAAAGCGCAGUGGAAACCUAAAUGUAAUUACAGUAACAGUCAAAGCCAGCACAUUUCUCCAUGGGUUUUCUGGGUUGUAUUCACAGACCACUCUGGCACAGUUGGAGAAUUCAUAGCUGCUCUGGGAAAUGAACACACCCAGUGUAGACGUUGCUGACAGGUAUGUUUAGUUUUCUUUAAGUAAAAAUGUUAACAGGAAUACUGAGACUCAUAAUGCGUCAUGAUUUAAAUCAUUACCAGAUUGACACCCUUUAGUGUGUCCUGCACACUACUUUCUUCCAUAUUACUCAUCUGUACAUUGAGCAACCUCUCCUGAACUUUGAGUCAGAGCUGUUGAAAUUCCUGGAAAUGCAGCAUUACUAUCGCUUAAGUUGUGGAGAUAAAAAGUAAUGUCUUAUCAUGCAGGUAUUACUGGCAAAUCCUUUUUUCUGAGUAAAAGCAACAUUCCCGGAUUUCCUUUUAUCACCAUGAAAUCAUUAUCACCCAAUUGAAUGUACUUAAAGAGAUCUACAGUUUAAAGGACUACAAUGGGUUUUGAAUGCUCUAUUGAGCAAAAGUAAGGCCAGAUGCCAAAAUGUGGUUGGAAACAUCUUUAGUCAAGAGGAAGUUUCAGCAUCAAAUGACAACCCAAAGGCCGGAGUUUAGGGAGAUACUUUGGGUGGAUUCAUGGCAAAUGAUUGCACCCUCAACAAUUUAAUGAAUAACACAGGAGCCAGCACUGCAGCCACAUGUGCUUUUCCUCAAGAUUGAUUUAGGGAGCCAAUAAAAGUCAUACAAUCCAUGUAGACUUCAGAGUCCCAACCAGAGCUCUGGCCAAGGACAGGGGCUGGGUCACUCAGCCACCUGGCAUUGUGAAGAAAAGACAGACCUCACCUUCAAUCAGCUCUCUGGCAUGAUGUUUAGAUUGCACAAACCGGAAAAAAAAGAGAGGAAAAAAAAAAGAAAAAAACAAAAAGGGUUGUUAGCAUCCAUUUGCAGAUUGAAAACAGAUGGUGUCCAAACUCAAAGUGCUGCAUGAUCAAAAGUAAAAGAUGUUUACGAAAAUGUCAGAAGUUAAAACUCCUCUGACUUGGGGGGGGAUCACACACUUGACAAGAAAGAGAUGGAAACUGUCAGUUAACCAGAGGAUCUUAGGAGAGAUUUUCACAGUACAGCUGGACAAGCAAGUAAGUCUUCAAGAAAAACUGCGUCGAUCUCUCCCAAGCUGAUAGUACGGUAGAGUUAUUGAUACCAUAUGUUUUCAGGGGCUGAAGUUUGGGACUUGAAGGAACAUCGCACAUGAAAAAUGGCUUUAAGGUAAACUGUAGGAUUUGUUUUAGGGCCUGUGUUUAACAAAGAGCCGUAAUUACUCCAGAACAUUUUCUUCAUUUAUAAUCGAUUAGACAUAAAACCCAUUUAGUGAGCCAAACAGAGGAAACAGUGACAAGUGCAGGCCCCAAGUUCAGUGUCGCCGAGUACCUCUGCAGAUGUUCAGAAUAAGGUUCUCACUCUUUCGCACUCACUUAGAGCUAAUACUGUGGAAAGCUUAUGCCAAAAUACACAACUCCACCAAGGAAGGAAAUCAAAUAGACUCAAAUUUAGAUCUAAUAUAUUAAAAAAUGGGCAGAAUUCUUACAGGCUUCUUUUAACCAUAGUUGCAUGGUCUUCGUUUACCUCAGGGUGGAGAGCUUUUAAACAAUUUCAGCAUCAUAGUGCUUUGUCUGCGUUGAAUUAAGGAGUCCAACAAAUCUUAUUACUGCACUAUUUCCUGGUUUAUAUGGUAAGAAUGAGAGAGCGAACAGUGACUAGAUCUAAUUUCAAGUUUCAACAACAUAUUUGACAACCCUAAGCAACCAUUAGACAAUGGCUAAAGGUAGCGUUCAGCCACUUGCCUAUGCCUCAGUUAACUAUGAAUUGGCUGUGUGCUACUAUGUUGCCCCUCAAAAAAAAAACUGUAGAAAAAGCAUCAAUCCGCAGAUAUAAGUAGAGUUAGCAAGGAAGUGGUUGAAUGUUUUCUUUGGUAGCAAAGGUUCGCCUUUUGAAUCCAUUUUUUAUUUUGAACAUAGAAACACUAAAAUUACAAUUCUCGGUUGUAUUUCAGGUUUCAACAUAACCUGAAACGCAGGUGUGCGAUAUCAUAAAAUUCAGACUUUUCCACCUGAAGAGCUAAGAGAAAUGGUUGGCAUAUGAACAUACCCCACUGCUUGAUGUCAAAAACAGGCGUAUGGAAUAUGAGCAUUCAAGAUUAAAUGACUGCUGCACAAAAGCUGGAAGUGCUGAGAAACGUCCCAGCACAUAAAUCAGCAUCAGGGUGCAAUGCAAUACUGACUUGAUGGAAUAGAUUAGACAAAGGCUUUAUAGGUGAUUCAGACUAUUUAUUCAUGACCAGUGGUCAUGAAAUGUACCAUAAAUGCAUUUUUUUCCCAUCAGGCUUGAAGGUUAUAUUCAUUAAACUGUCUGCAGGAGGUUAAUAUUCAGCUGGAUUGGAGUAAAUCGAGGAAACGCUCAGUCUGACAGGCUUUCCUUUGCAUUUGCGAGCCUCGACGCAUCUGUGAGGGCAGAAUAGAUAUUGAUAAAUUAAAUGUUUAGCACACAGCCACCCAACACAGCUUCCCCCACUCAACCCCAACCCAACAGCCCCCACCCCCUACUGCACACCAUCUCUUCUCACAGAGGAUCCUUUGUGUAACAGGAAGCAGUGUGAAAAGGGAGAAGAAAUGAGAGAGGAAUGAAUUCGUUCCAUCGUCUCCUCUUGUCGAUCCUGCUGAACAGACCUCUGUUUGACAGGAAAUAAUCCUUUGGAUGGAGGGAUGCUUGUAAACUCUAUUAAUCCCUCAACAUGGCUGGUGUUAUCAUUACAGGCCAUGACUGUGUUGCUGGCUCUUCCAUCCCCAUCUCCAGUCUAUCGCUGGAUUACAUUAGCAUGUGAGCCAAAGAUUUUCACACGUUUUAGCUCCUUUUUCCCAAAAAAAUCUGAGACUCAAGCCGGUUACGAGGAAGGAAGAAACAACUAAACAAAAACGGCAAUCAACAAAACAUGCUAAUGAGAAGAACAAAAUGAGGCCUGAAACAAAGACUAUCACUGUCACGGUUUUACUUUCUCUCAUUACUGGUUUUAUAGCAAUGCUGGAGGUUUUCCCUGCCUUCAAGGAGGCAAAUGCUCUGCUCUUGUAGACUGUGUACAAAAUCUGUGCGGCUGUGAUCACACUCCAAGGUUAAGUACGGAGGUUAAGGUUAAAUGAUUCAUAGGGACAUUGACGUAACCAGACAGGCUAUAAAGUCUUCGUAAACAGUUCUGAGGGCUUCAAAUAACAGAAUAAUCCUGGGGCUUUUAUAAGGGUGCCUUAAAUCACCCCACCCACCCAAAGGAUGACUAAACAGGAAUUGAAACUGUCUUUUUUUGUGGGUAUCAACCACUGAAUUCCUCUAGCGUUUGGGUGUAUCUGUGAAUGUUCCAGCUGUGCACUUACUAAACAGGAUGCAUCUUACGUUUGUUUUCUUCUCAUACUGCUGUGUAAACACACCUCAACGAAAGUGCUAGAAACAAGGGUGGGCCAGAAGGCCGAGGUUUCAGGACCACCCUACAAAUCUACAGCCCUUGUAUAGACUGGAAGGCCAACCCCAAAACCUCAAAUGGGUGCAGGGACAGUGUUAUGAUACAGUGCCCAGCUGUUCUCAGUUUCCACAGGGACAAACCUCAAGAUGUACAACAACUGAGGAAACGUUAGGCUUUAGUCGAAACUUUCAGAUAGGUUGCUGUGACAUAAUGUAAUAUAAUGCUUCUUUUUUUCUUCACCCGAAGCAACAAAUCAGUAAUAUGUCUUUUUACUUUGGCUACAUUGGUUGCCAACUUACAGAUCACAGAUGGACCCCUCAGUGUGCUGUAUAUGUUCUCUCUGACAAGAAAGAAAGAAAGUUCCCCCUGGUGUAGUGAAACAUAAAGUUAUGAUCCAGAAGUUGUUCUUCAGUCUGAUCCAAGGACGUUCAGAUUUCAGUCAUGGCUUUCCAACACUGCUGUGUUCUGGACAAAGUGACUAUUCUCAGUUACAGCAGGGCUGUGUAACGCUCUCUUCAUCCCAUUCCCUUCUUUAUUUCACUUUACAGUCUGUUCCUACUCCACCCUUGCCCUUUCACACAUCCUUUCUUCACCACCACAAACCCAAUACCCUCCCUUGUACUACUCCUCCUUUGCCAAUUAGGUGGAUAUUACUAUACAAAACAGUGCCAUUUAAUACUAAAAAAAUACUGUUAGCCACAAAGAUCACCUAUAGAACAUAUACUACAGGAUAUACAAGGGAGAUGAAAAUUGGAUACAUGACUCACAGGGUCUUGAAUACAGCAGUCUUUUUAUUCACUCCUGUCCUGCCCUUACAGCUGUUUUAUGGCUUGUUCUAAUGUAUCUCUGUUCUGAAUCAGCCUGGAUGACUUUGCUGUAACAUUUUAACAUGAUGUGGUGCUUCCAUGUUCUGUUCUCCAACACUGCAAUAUGUGAAUAGCUUCCACAUGUAUCCUACAGAAGAGGGUAAAGGGAACGUCAGCGAGUGAGAGCUGAAAAGUGAGGCAGCCUCAGAUCUUAAUGUAGAGUGAUAACUGUAGAAAACUUCCAAUAAAAACUGUAAUGUGCUAACUUUAAGGACAAACCAAGAGCAAGGUUGAGUUGAUUCACUGAAGAUAAGAAUGAAAGUAUACCUUUUUCUGUGCAUGGAGGCCCAGAAGUGCAGAACAGGGGGACUGGUGAGUGUGCUUUUCAGCCUCCCAGGAAGAGCUUACCCUAGGGUGCUGGAAAGGAAGCCCUGGCAGAUGGUCGAACCUUGGAUGCAGGAGGAACACUGCGGAUUUCACCCUGGCCGUGGUACAGUGAACCAACUCUUUACCCUUGUGAGUCCUCUGGAGGGGGCAUGGGAGUUUGCCCAUCCAGUUUGCAUGUGUUUGGUGGACUUGGAGAAGGCUUGUGGUCCCCCAGGGGUUUUGUACGUGGGGGGUCCUGUGGGAAUACAAGGUUCUGGUGCCCUUACUAUGGCCAUUCGAUCCCUGUAUGACCGGGUGUGAGAGGUGUGUCUGCACAAUCAGCAUAAAGUUGGAUUUGUCCCCAGUGCAUGUUGGCCUCAGCCAGGGUUGCCCCUCAUCAUGAAAUCUGUUUGUGAUUUUUAUGGACAGGAUUGAGAGGAGCAGCCAGGGAGGCCUCAGAAUUCCAUCUUUGCUCUUUGCAGAUGAUGUGGUGACUUCUUAAGGUGGCGCCCUCCAGAAGGCACUGAAGCAGUUUGCAGCUGGGAUGAGUGGUAGCACCUUCAACUUUGAGGACAUGGUUCUCUGCUGGGAAAUGGUUGAGUGCUCUCUCUGGGUGCGGAGCAAGUCUUUGCCCCAACAAAGGGAGUUCAAGUAUCGUGGGGUCUUGUUCAGGUGAAAUGGGUUUUGAGAUUGACAGACUUUUCUACCGUGUCAGCGGUACUGUCGGCAUUGUGCUGGACUGUUGUGGUGAAUAGAGAGCUGAGCCUGGAGUCUGAGCUUUUAAUUAACCAGUUGACGUACCUUUACCUAUGGAUAUGACUGAAAUGAUGCAUUGAAAGGAGUCAGAUGAGGGCAUUUAAUAAAGAUACCUCUUUUUUAAGGUGUUCCAGGUUAAUAUAUGUAUUCACAAUUUACUGCAAUUUAUUUAUAUGUGCACAUGUAUAUAUUCCAUGCCAACCAUAUGAAAAUUAUUGCUCCUGUUUAGCCAUCCCAGUCACAAUUGUACAUUUUCAAAAGCAUACAGCAGUGAGCCGCCAUUACUGCAUUUCAAAUAGGAUGUUCAGUGCACAAACAAAACUUGGAGGGAGAAUAAUAGGAUAAGAUGUUGAAGGUAAAUCUGGGGAAACCCCUGUGUAUUGUAGCGUUCCCUCACAGGCAGCGGUGAACCAGCAACGUUCCACUUCACCUGCUCUCUUAAUGAGAAAAACAUGCAGAACCAAUCAAGAGACUGUGUGUGGAACAGUAAUGCUCUUUGUGUAGCGCUGGUUACCAGAGUUUAAAAGAGCAUUUUACUUCAAAGAGCCACUGUGAGACCAUGACAUACUUUGAGUAAAGAUGGGUGGAGAUCGGUUUUGUUGCUCUCUGAGUUCAUAUUAAUAAUCUUUCAUCCCCCUCGUAAAAUGAACCAGAUGCUGCCGCUGAAAAAAACAAGGCACACCAAUCUGACAAUAGAGGCGGUUACAGGAUGAAGUUAUGAAAAUCAUUAAGGGAUCCCUCAUGUACUGGGAAAGUUGGCCUCUGACAGAAAGAAGGUAAAAGCCUUCAUGUUGAUAUGAUUAUCCUCCUCUAUGGGGUCUACACUUCUGAGAGAAUAAUACUCCUGGACUGGACCACGUGUGUGCUCUGUUCCCUGCCGGGCAAUAAACCUCAGUGGCUACUGAACAUUGAGCUGUUUCCAAUCUUUUCCUCUGCCUUUCCCAUCAGCAGGUAGUAAUGUGACCGAAACACGAAGUCCUCGGAAACCUGUGUAGGAUCAGUGUUAAAAACAUUAUUGAGGAAGCUCAGUUAGUGAGAAAUGAACAGUUUUAUGUUGUUUUUCACAGUUAAUAAAGCUAACAAUGAAAAAUAAAGAGAGCAGCAUGAAGAUUAGUAUUAUUAGGUGAACAAUCAGAUGCAAAAUAACAAUAAAGGGCUGGUUUUUGGACUUUUGGAAGUGGACAUACAAGAUGUAUGUAAGCAUCAGGACUUUAGACUACACAGUGCUGUGGAUGGGCAUUGGUAUAAAACAUACUAAAGCCACUUGGAGUCAAUUUUCUGUGAGCUGUGUGCUAUUUUUCACCUUAUCACCUUUCUGAUCGUCACUUUCUGUUAGGAAAAAAGCUGCCAACAGUCUGAAAAAAUCCCUCCUAGAGCCACAUAACCUCCCGCUGGGGGUUUCACUUUGAUGUGCUUUUUGUCACUUUCAGUAACUCCACUGAAUUAAUAAGACAACACACCAGAUCGGUGGAUUUUUACCAAGAGAUUUGGGCCUUUUUUCAUAUAUUUCUGCUUAGACUCUGCAUAAAUUUGCUUGUUUCCAAACAUCUACACAUGCUCACAUUAUGUAAGGGUUUGUUUAACCUGAUGUAUGUGAAAUGGCAUGGAGUGUGAGUUCAUGGCAGCAGGCACAGAGGCACAGAAGUGGCACUAUGUCACAAACUCUAAUGGAAGUAUGAAAUAAUAAAACAUAGGGAGCAACUUCCUGUUUUAGCAGGAUAUUUUCUUAUUAAGUUUUUACAGUUGCUGUGUGUGACCACUCAGGUUUAUUCUUUUAGGAUUCUGCUUGACAGUUGACCCCAUUUAGUAUAAAUAAUGUAGUUAUAUAAGCUCCCUUCAGAAUUCCUCUCCUUGACACUUAACUCCAUGGGAAACAGCCAGUCACAUUGUUGGCCGUUCUGGGGUGCAAUGGACCCCCUCAAAUGUAAAGAAACAGCAUGUCAAUGUGGGUUCACUCAAACAGAAAUACGACACAGUGACUGCACUGAUGUUUGAUUGAUUCCACAUCUAGUAUCAGGAAACUUGUGUGCACAGCAGGUGACAGCAGAGAAAGGAUUACCGUAACCUGACUGUAGCGAAAAUAAAAAGCUGAUUCAGCAGAGACAGAGGUCAUCACUGUGUCAGUCUUUUCUGAGUCACUCUCAGCAGGAGCUGUGGAGCUUUGAGGGAGGCCCUGAUUUGCUUUCAGUUGAGGAUCUCAGCAGGCCUCAGGAAGAUUACCUAACCCAGUAGUCCUGCCAUCUACAACACCAUCAGGGCUAUAAUGUACAACCGCUGUAUGCAGUUAGCUGCUGUGCUGGGAGUUAAAUAGGUAACAUAUGGAUGGAAAUGUAAGCUAGGACUCCCUGAAUGAUGUGCUGAAAACAAUGGCUCAUAAUGUAUAGGAUCAAUAUCUAAUCCAAGGCGUCAGUAAAUGAUAGCCUGUGUCUGCAGGUUUUUGAUCGAUGUUCUCCCCCUCAAAGAUUUGGAAUGAAACCAAUAAAUAUGCAUAAAAUAAAUUGAAGCAUAUGGAAACAUAAAUACGUGAUCUGAUGUACGUUUUGUCUCUUGCAUAUGGUUUAAAUGUUCCCUAAGCUUAGUGAUGCAAACAUAUUGAUGAUGGGGGGGCCUUUAGCAUUUUAGAUUUGUUGGCUUAAACCACAACAUUAGAAACAGUGUGCUUUGCUAUUGCUGCACACGAUUCCACUCAACACUGACCUAUUGUUGCAAAAAAUGGGAGGAAAAAAAAACAUUUGGUACCACUUAGCUCUGAGGGGUCCCAUGUGUUUCCUGUAACUUUAAAGGCUGUGAAGAGGGACACCUGAGACUUGUCUUUAUCUGAUAAUGCUCGUUCUGAUUCCUGUAUCAGAGAGGUCAAGAACAAAAAGAAGUUCAACUAACUCAUUUUCCUCAUCUUAGAACAUAAGCAGUAUUCAGUGGCAAGUCUCCUAGCAAAUCCAAUCCUGUAACGUAACAACAGCUCCUCCCGGCUCAUUGCCUUCCAGUGCCCACUAAUGGAGUCUGCACUGUGCCAAGGUAAGUACACACAGCUAGUGUGCAAUGUAAAUUGACAACAGGCUCACUGUAUAUAUCUAUAUUGUCUGACUUACUGUUCCUGUGGCUUACUUUAAUGUUGUGGUUGCUGACAUGCUGUGUGUUUCUUUCCUCCCAGAGCUUCCUCUAUGUGAUCCGUGACCCAUAUACUGGAAACUAUGAACACACUGGGUUUGGUGGUCUAUCGGAACACUGAAUAUUCCAGUAAUUCUGGGUAUGUUUUAUUAUCUUCAGUGGCUUGAUGUUGACAGGGUCCAGAGUAUGUACGUGACUCGCAUACAAAAGCAUGGUUCUUCAGGUACAUGAAACUUGUAGGAUGAAAGGUUGUGUCUUUUAUGAAAUAGGGUUGUAUAAGGUACUGGUCAAUAGAAAUUCUAUUACUCUCAGGAGAUGCUGGUAAACUCAGCCGCUGUGUUGAGAAACCGUCCAGAGCUUGGCUAUGAACUGCUGCAGAGGGGGUCAACUCUCCUGCAUACUUUGGCAGAUUGUAUUACGAAACUCCAACCUAAACAUUCAUGUUAAUGUAAGUGUAUGCUCUGAGAAGAAAUUGGUCAUAGCCUCUUCAUUUUGCAGUAUUCUCAAACCCAUCAUAUACAUCUCAUUUCACCCGCAGAGCACUAACUGGCUAAUCAAGCCUGUGAUGUGCAAGUUAACUUUAUUUUUGCCAAAUAAACUGAUAUAUUAUGAACUUUUAAAUCUCAGUUUGGCAUAAUUUCAAUCAACAAAUGCUGGACAUCAUCUUCAAGUGUUUAUUUUGGCUCGGUACAAAAGCAAACACAUGUGGACCAUGAGUUGUGUCACUAUGCAAGAAAAAAACAGUGAAGGCCGAACUCUUACUUUGAAGACACUCAUUCAUUCGGCUUUUCUGAUUUAACUUCAAGGAGGUCAAUAAAACAGAUGCACUCAGCUGUGAACCCUGGAUGGCAACUCUAGCCGUUUUCAUUGAUGUGUUUUUUACAAUAUAAAACAAGACAGCUUGGCUAGAUUUUAACUUUUUGGAUGGAUGAUAAAUACACCCUGAAGCAUCUGUGCCUUGUUAUCAUGUGGAGAGUACACUUCCACAGGCUGGAGCCCAUCUCUACUUAAAUUUGGGGAAAUAUGGGUUCCAACAAGAGGAUUCAAUGAAAAGUUUCCAGCUCACCUUUACUGCACAUUAUUGGACUUCACAGUUUUAUGUACUAUGUAUAUCACAUAGAAGAAAUACAUAUAGAAGAGUAGCCAGUUAAAAGUAAAAACAGAGAGCACUUUGAGCCGCCAGCUAAACCUGAAACGACAGGAUAAUGACCAAUAGUAAUCACAUAUUUAAUUGAAUCUCACUAAAAACAUCCUCUCACUACAAGCAAACAUCCAUUAAUGUGCCCUGGCCUCUACUGGCUUAAUAGGGGCACAACACUUCAUUAGCAAACUCACAGGUUAGUCAACAACAUGCCAUUAUUAAUGAGCGGCACCAUAAAUGAUCAUUAUAACACUGACUAUGACUGAUGUUUGAAUGGUUUUUCUGGCAUGGCUCAAUCAUGGUUUAUGUAAAUCCCACUUACAAAUCCUGCUGCAUUAACAGCCUGUUGCUGGUAUUUAAAAGACAAAAAAUGUUGUUUUUUUUCCCCCUUCUCAGAGGCAAUAUUAUGAAAUAUAUAAAGAUUCUUGGAUGCUCAUAAAACUCAAGAGUCACACAAGAUGCUCUGUUAAUUACAAACCCAUGAAGGCGGUGAAAAUAAUAAUAAACCACAGGGCUGCAGAUUCUAAUGACAGAGCAAAUCUACAACAGAUUGAAAACAUAAUGCGAGUCAUUAGCUCAUUAGCUUGGCUGGUUUCAGUCCCAGAUAAAAAGGAGACUGAAUGGAUACUUUGUUACAGUAACAGGCGGGCAAAGUCAUUCACAUUCAGCUAAUGUGGAUAUGUGUUUAAUUUUGAGAUUUGACUUGCAAAUGUCAAGAGUGCUGCUAUUAGGUAAAUGGAGAAGGCUUCCAUGCUGUCAGUAUAUUCAGAUGUAGCGCUACUUAAUCACAUUAAUACAAUGUUUAAUAGUUUGUUUACAGUCAUUUGGAAUUAGGUAUUGUGUUUUUAAUUACCCACGAAUAAGCUCUUUUAUCAUUUUGGAGUGGGCAAUAACAUGUCUCUACAGAAGAGACAAACCCAAAGUGGGAUUUUCAUGUAGGUGCAGUUACCUGUUGUUGUGUACAAAACCUCACUACUAUGUUUUUAGACUCUUCACUCUCAUCCUCUGCUCUGGGUUGCAUAAGUAUAAGUUCAAACACUGUCUAAACUUCCAACAUAAUUUCCAGUUUUGCAGUUAUUUCAGAUGUUAGCCUGCAAAGAGAAGAGGCAGUUUGGUGUCAGAGUUAGCUUACCUGAGGCCAAGGGAGUAGGUUUGAUUUUGACACUGGUGGGGACACAAACACAAAUGUAAAUGUGAAUGACACCGCUGAUAUUAAAAUCUCUUUAAGCUAACGUGACCCAGGCACAAUAUGCCAAACAUGUUGACAACUUAGACUUCUCGGUUGCAGGUAACAUGCGCCGUCGGCCUCCCAACCUAGCAGGUAACUUUCACUGGCAGAUGUAGGGACAGAGGGGACAGCCAAUCACAUGUACGCAAGCGAGAAACCGGCAGUCAAUCGAAGAGCGAUAUUUAGGUUAGAGGCGGGACUUCUAGUUGAGACCGACUGUUAACCCUUCGUGUGCCAUAAUCAUUGAUUAAACACUACGGACCGGUUGUAUUGAUAGGGACUACACUGUAACCGCUGAUUAUCGGUAGGGACGUGUCUCUAGCGUCCCUACCCAAUUCUACGCCCUUGCCUGAUGCCCUACUAAGAAAUCCACUCUUCGUUGAUUGACCAAAUGGAAAGGAAGUGCCAUAUCUGUGUUUUAGUUAAUUUGGGCGUGCUUUCGAAAUGUGCUACUGUUCGAAAUGACACUUAUACAACCAAUCAACCAACUUAAACAAGACUCUAAUUAUGAAGUGUUCAUGAUGGGAAAAAAAGUAAUAAAAGAAGAUUGGUAGUGAGCUUUGGGGCAUUAAAAAUAAAUUAACUGAUGGUCUCCUGUAUUAAAUUUAAUCUUCAUUUACUAGUUAGCCAAAGUUAGAUUUCCGAAAUUGUCUUUCUUUCACUUUAAAACUCAUGUGAUGAGUUUUUACAGAGAUAUUUAGACAUACUGUAUCAAAGCUGAAUUUUGCUGAUGUAGCACUGUACUUGGCUUCAGAUAGUAAAAGCCUCCCUGAAUGUGCAAUAAAAUGCCUCCAAAAUGAUACUUAAAAAAAUAUGUUGUAAUUCCUGUCAGCAGUCCAACUUGGGGGUUUCCUCAUGUAUAUUGUGGGGCCCCUGUUGGGUAAUUUCCAUGAGAAUUAUUUAUUUUGUGUCACCGGUGUAUACACUGUAAUCAUCCAAAUGGCCCUUACGGCCUCUAGCAGCCAGGUCAACUGAAGUAUCACAGCCACAAACACAUCAUCUAUCAUGGCACUCUUAACAGCUACAUGCUCACUACCAAGGCAGCUCUGAUCAUGGUACUCUUCCUUUAAUUUUCACAAUAUAACUUACUCAAUGACUGACUUUGGAAGUCUUUAUCUCAGCUGUCAGCUCAUGAGGCUUCCUGCUCUGCUUAAUGACUGAAUGAUGCAGUAAUGGCUGAUAUCAUUAAACUAACAGUGUGUAUUAACACAGCUUACCCUGCGGUGCGCUGAUAAAGAGCCACACAGAUCACUGCAGACUCUCAGAGGGCCUUCUAACAUGGUGUAUAUGUGACACAAUAUAGAUGGCGUAACAUUAUGUAAUCAAUGUAAUGCUAAUCUCCAGUUGUCUUUAGAGAGCAGCGUGACUCAACACACUUAUAGAAACCAUACGUGGAAACAAAUUGUGGCCGUGGGAUUGGCAGUGUUCGUUUCUCCAUACGUCAAGAAAAAGAUGACAUACUGUUUUCGGUCAGGGGUCUCACUGUAUGGGCUGUCACUUAAGAUGCAUUGCUAACCCCAGCAGCGCAUGAACAUCAUAUAGCUGGCAGUUAAAUGCAUGCAGCUGUGCUCUUUAUCAAUGUCUUCUUCUGUUCUGAAUCUUCUGUAAUUAUGCCAAUGCCAUAACUCACACAGUGUAGCGUCCACACUUACAGAUGCCUUGUCUUGUGGAAAAUCUUCUGUGAAUACAUAAUGUAAAAGAAUAAAGACUGAUAUAUACCCUAGAAUCAGUGAGUAUCCAUAAAGGGAUAAUAAACUCAAACUUGGCACAUAAAAAGUGAAUCGUUUUAUGGUGAUAAAGCUUUUCUGCUGACAUUUUUAGUGUUCCUGUUGAGCAAAAACCUGCCUUGUACAUCACCCUGUGAGCGUGAAGCUGCAGUUUGGGAGCAGAGAGGUAUGUAAAACAUAUGCUACGGCAGCGCAAUCACCACUUCACUGUAAACUUUGUGUUCUUUGAUGUGCUGGCUUUGUCACAAAUUGUUGGUAUUUGAAAUGAAGACAAGAAAACUAUAAAUCCUUUCACAUACGGCACAUGUGUUUACAUUGAAGACUAUUUUACAGUUUCUCUCAGCGAAAUCAUAAAUAAAAGCUCUCUAAAGCUACUAAACAUAUGGCUGAUAAUUGUACGGCUCGAUUUGAAAAAUGACAUCUUUAUGCCAGAUUCAGGCUUAAAUCCCGGUGUAAUUCCUCGAGCAAAUUCCUUGUGAAGCUUGUGGCAAAUCAGCAGCUGGACAAGGAGACAAGAUGGAUCGCUUGAGUGACAGCCAGCAAAACACCCACAGAAAAGCGCUGCAUGACUUCGUGACUGCACAGAUAGGCUGCAGGGCAAACACUGACGUGCACACUGUGAUACAAAGCCAGUGACAUAUUCAUACAUGGGUUUAAUGUGUUUGCCUCUGCAGGGAGAAUACCCACGGAUGUAACACAUGUUUAUACUUCCCUCCUUAUCUCUCGCUUAGACUUAAAUCUGACUCAAACCAAACAUCUUCCAGUGUUUAUUGAGAGUUAAACAAGCUUAUCUGAACACAUACGUGCGCUCUGCAUGCUCAGAGCACACGUGAGUGGUGUUUAAUUGUGAUGCAAGCACAGCCUAUAAAGUUUGUGUAUAUUCAGCUGUGAGCCAGUUCUGGGCAGAAGACUUGCAGUGCUGUUUUAUUAGCGAUGAGAGACUUCAGGGUAACGCCCAUCAAUCAGAAACGGCACGAGUGCACUCAGUCCACGGGUGCUGCUUUCUGAAGCUGUUAAAUCUGUCUUUAAUUUGUAGACAUAAUUAGCAUGAAAGAAUAGGCUUGUUUCAGCGGUUUUAAUGCAGUGUCGUGCGUGUUGCAGAAUAACGUACGUUCUCAUCUGAUAAAGUUUGUGUUUGAAGCUGACAUUCUGGAAACAACAAAGUAGCAGAAUAGAGUCCCCAACAAAUGAGCACCAGCUUUGUGAGCGUGUGUGACAUGUUCACAUUAAAAGCCAAAUGUUACCCCGAGGAAGUGACUUAAUAAUCAUAAUUGGAAGCAAACUUCAAAACAAAAUGCGCAGAGUUCAAAAAAGAGACCCUCCCCUCUGCUUCCUCUGUGAAUGUAAUGACUCUCCUUCACACUCCUCGGGCGCAAUGUGACAUUCAUACCAAUCAGACCUGGCCUGCAACGAAAACACUUGCUAUUUGGCUUCCUUCCCCACGCUGCUGCAUGCACGCCUUUGCAUUUUUAUUCUGUAUAUUCACAGAUUCUUCAAAAGGAGUCAGUUUGAAAGGAGAAACAUUUUAAAUCCACAGGGGAAAAAAAUCAAUGUUUUUAUUUUAAUUAACUUGCUGUAAUGUUAGGAUAAUGUAAAGUGUUGGACAAGUGAAUUUACAAAUCAAGUCGCAAAGCUCACCCAUGUGUUGCUGAGUUGUAGGCGGAUCUAAGGAUGUUUAAAAGGAUCCUCAGAAAAACAAUCCCGAAGGCUACAAGGUUGUUUCUCAACAUGACAGCAAAACACAGCAUCAGCAACAACAGUUUAUAGUGCACCACAAAAAAAAUGACACUGCUGUAAGUUGUGCCUGCGCUGUGCAGUAGACUCAUGACAAAUGAGGGGACAUGGAGAGGAAUCCAGGUGACAUUCUUUGGCUGACUGCCUUUUCUCUGCCCACCCAGGGGAGUAAUUUCACACUGUUGAGAGGCUCCUGCACACAUUUUUCAAACCUAGGAAGGAAGAAGCUGCAACGGAUGGUAGCUUUUGAUUUCCCAUGUGUGCACCUGAUGAUAGGUCCGGUUUUUGAGAAGUGUCAUGGAUUUAGAGAAUGGAGGGUUUUUUUUUGAAAACGUCUUCACAAGGUGAAAUGAACUCUCUGUAGGCUCAAACACAGACUGAGAACACAUCUGGAAUGUUAGUUUCAAAACGAAUCUCCAAAGCACUUCUGUUUUGUUUUUGCCCUUUCUUCCUGCUCGUACUCUUCUUUUCUUUCCUCAGACGCUGUGGGGAAAAGCAGGGAGAAGACGACAGAAAACGCUGCAGAAGUCUCUGAUAUGGGGACGACACCAACCCUAUCUUUUUUUCUGGGUGAAUUCUCAUAAGGAUUAUCUAUGGUUAUGCUUCUAUUUUUUGACAGGUCGAUUGAACAGCGCUAGCUUGUUUUCUCUCCUAAGAUAGGACCAGGAGCAAAGGAAAAUACUUUGUCUGCUAUCAUCAAAGACCACAAUAAUCCCCUGUGCUGAAAUAUAUAUAACUACUGUCACAAAGACAGCAAAGGAAAAGCGAGUGGACACGAGAUGAAUACACAAAGAGACGGGAUUUAAAGCUGCUUAUGCUGGCUAACAACAGCGUAGCCUUUGCUGAAUGUCCAGAUUACUUGGCCGUGCUUUAACAACAUAUACAGAACAACUUCUACAUGAUCAAAGCUCCGGCUUUAAAAUAUACACCACAAGAAUAUUAUGUCUUGCUUGCAUUGCAGUUUGUAGACUGUAAAGUAGCCCCCCUGAGCCUUUUUGGACAUUACCUCCCUCAUCAUAUGGAGAAAUGCCCCGGGCAGAGAGGCUGCAGAAAAUGAGCCGGUGUUAGAAUCCUUUAAACUCCAUUUUAACUACCACGAAGGUUUUGGCUCUCUGUGUUUGCCCCCACACUAAUUUAUAUCUGUCAGCGUGCAGGCUAAUAGAGCAGAGUAGAAAUACCAGGGGUAUGACGAAGGGCAGGUUCAAUGAAUGAGCCCCUUCUUUUCAUAUUUGCUCAGGGUCAAAGGUCAGAUGCAAGCAUUUUUUUAAACUUGCAUGUUGCAUGCAAGAGAAGCGGUGUGCCGUGAUAGGAAACAUCAAAACGAGCUGAGGGAAGCAGCACACAAUCACUCUUACUUUACAGAUCGUCAUGGGAAAUUGUACUUUAAACAUGUCAGUUCUUAUACUCGUGCACCAGUUUUAUCAAAAUGACUGAAAAAAUACUCCACAUCUGUACUUUAUGUCUCUGGAGUAGUUUUAUUUAUGAAAAAGUUACACUAUCCAUAUAACCUACUUAUCAAACAUAAUACAUCUUGAAUGCAUGCGCCCUUUUCCCAUACUGCUUCUCUACUUUGUUCCAUGUGUUGUAUUACAGACUGUAUCAAUCACGUAAAGCACCAGAGAAAGCUAAAUACCACACUUAACAGAAUUUGAGACCAUGCAAACAGAGUGUAAGCCAGGUCAAAGGUCAAAGACAAUCAACAUCUUUCAGUAAAGGUGAAAGAACAGGAAACUUGUGUCAAUAUUGACUCGCUCUGUGUACUAACAUUCCUCCUGCUGGGAGACCUGAGGCAGACAAUGCAGGGACAGAUGAUUUCUCUGGACUCUUGGCUCCCUCUAAGAGUAUAAAAGAAAGAAGGAAGGCAAUUUUUGAAGUGUGAAAAACUUCAGCCAAACUACAAGAAAGCUUUAAAAAAAAAAAAGGAAUAAGUAAACCAGCUUUACCCACGAGUUUCUUUGAGAAAAGAAGGAAAUCCUUGUCACUCACUGAAGAAUUACUUUGAGGAGCUGCUUUUCAGAGCGCAGACAGCCACUUUACACAGAGCAAACGCUCGGUCCUCUUCCUUCUGGUUAGUGAUGGGUGUGUUUGAACAGGCAAAUGACAGCAGAAGGAAAUCACAGGCGUCUUGUGAGUUACAUGCAACACAACAGCAGGAAGCAGACAGCUGUGAGAACGCGAUAGAGCUUUGUUUCAUCCCUGAUCCACCGCAGAUUCCUGCAGAGGAGUCUUCAGGUAGGAUGGUGGCACUAUUUUCAAUCGCAACAGGUUUGAACAUGGGUAUACCUCAUAUAAAUUGAACUGUUACACCCUGACAACCUCUAUUUUCCGCCCACAUAGGAUUGGGUUGGAUUCGUUUCUGCUACGCGUUGGCCUUAUUGAGCUAUGAUUGGCUGGUCACAUUGACCUCAGCACAUCAUCAAUCACUGCCGCCUCCAGGUGCCCCAGUUUUUUCCCUCUCCUUAUUAGUCUCUCAUGGGCCAAUGCCAUGAUGGAUAUCACCACGGGGAUAUCGUUCAUCUCUUUGGGGGCUGCUAAUGGGUUGAGACCACCCCCUCUCUUAGGUCCCAAGAUGCAGAAUAACAUGAAGGAUGAGUGUAGAACAAGGAGGGGAGGAAUAGGGGUUAAACAAGGAAACAUUUAAGCCUGUUAGUGUUAUGAUACACGCGGGAUUGAUGAUCUCCUCUGAAUAAGAUGUUUGUCAGCCUCCGCAGUGAGGAGCACACUUUUUCUACCCUGAAGGUUAUUACACUCAGCUCCUUUAUCUGCCGCCAUAGCUAUAUUACUUUUACAGGCUCUAGAGAAAAAAAAAAGAUGGAUGUAGUGGAAUCAUUCAAGACAAGAUAUCCACUCCGCCCCAUUUGUUGUUCAACUAGAGCUUUAAAAAAGUGCUGUGGGUUACAAAUCAAGUCUAAACAGCAGGUGGAGCUGUCUGUACAGUUAAUGAACCUGGAGUAAAACAAAGACCAGUAAAUAAUACAUGCUUAAAAGGAAUGUUCUUGUCUUAACGUCUGAUAUUUCUCUCCCAAAAAUAUGAAAUUAGGGCACAUAGAGUGUAUACAGCCCUUCUAUGAGUCUAAUAUAGUGCAAAGUUGACUUUUUUUCAACAACUUUCUGAGGUAAGACACAGUGAAGUUGUCCCCACUGUGGAAACUGGGCCAUAUACAAAAAACGAUGUGUGCAAAAAUAUGUGUUGACUACACAUAUCAGGGCUGGAGUACUGUGAGUACAGUUGUUACAAAACUGUGCAAAGCAGGGCUGCAACAGAAAAGCAUUUUGCAGCUUUAUUUCACCAAAACACAAAAACAAACUGUAAAAUAUGUUUGAAUUGACUUUAUUUUACAUUAAAGAUGACAUGAGAGAUGCAAAUUAGAGUUUCAAGUCUCUGUGAGAAUAUAUAUUUUAUGGUUUCUCUUGGUUUUUCUUCUGAUGAAUCUUUAAAAUCAGAAGUGCAGUGCUGUGAUUAGUUGCAGUGUGACCCAGUGAACAGCAGAUAGCACCAUUGGACACUUCAUGCUCCACCUCUGCUCCACCCCCCACCCUCUUUAUACAAAUGGACUGUAGCACGGAGGUGGUUUGAAAGUGGUAGGUGGAUUAAAUCACAGCCUCUGUGUGCUCAUAAUGUACAUUCAGCAGUCUGCCUCCUGACCUUUUACAUCUUCACAUCACAUUUUCUGUUCAAACACCACUUAUUUAAAGUAACACUAAACAUAAUUUGUACAUUCUGAGCAGUUCCUGUGAUACUCGAAGUUCAAGCUUGUUCUCACUGGAAUUCAAUUUACAGUACAUCAAAGAAACAUGAAAACAAUAGUGGGCUGGGUGAGAAGGGGGACGUGUAUUCUUAAGCAGUGUUCUAGAAAACACCCACCAUGCAGGGCAUUGUAUAAUGUUACACUGGGGUGUCUCAUUGCAUAAAUAUAUGUGUGCUGUAACAUCACUGCAAGAGGGUCAGACAGAGGAGGUAUAUCUACGAUGGAGAUGCACACAAACUGAACAUUAGAUUCAGCAGAGCCUCGGACAGUUGAAUAGUGCAGCUAAGAAAUACAGAAACAUACUUUUUCAGAAAUCUGUUUAAAAGUACUGUAUUCACUUUGAACCUACUCAGAAGAUGGCUUUGAAUAUUAUAGCUUAAAGGUACAUUGCAUAGAAUUUAUCAGUAUUUCUCUAAAGAAAUGGAAUGGGUUGUGCAGCAGUAUGUUCAUAUAAGUUUGUAUUGAAUGAAGUAUCUCAACUGCUUCAUUUCUGAUGACUCUUUUAUAUAGAAGCAGCAGUUCCGAGCUCUGAAGGCGGCAAUGUCGCACCAACAUGUUGGAAUCAGGAUGGACCAACUAGCAAGAACCAAACAUGCUUCAUCAGUUACUGGGUGGCUGCAGGAGAGAUGAGACUAGAGAGGAACAGGUGAGAUCAAUUGUUGUUGUUGUUGUUGAGCUCAAAUGAAUUUAUAUAUUUAAAGUUAAAAAUUUGACAAAUGGAGGUUCAUACUUAGCCAGAAUCACGGGAAUAUGAAUCUGAGUUUACUUCCAAAAAACAAAAGACAAAACAGCCGAAAUAAGAGUUCACAUGCAAGACAAACUCUAAAAUUGUCAAUUUUCUAAGAGUAUGAUUAACUCAAAGCUAUGUUAGUUUUCAGCAAGAGUCAUCUUGAAUGGAUGUCACCUUGGAUUUUGCUUCUGCUAAAUGACAUUUUAACAUUCUAGCAUCUCAUUUGGUGUUGCUUUCAGCGAUACUGCUAACAUCAGAAUGAUAAGAGAGUCAACAAUGAGGCAACAUUGUCAUUCAUUUAUUUUCUCUGACAGAUACACAACUCAUUGACCUUUAAAUAACUAUAAUACUCAUGGUUGGCCAACACUUAACCACAUGAUGCUGUUUCAAUGGAGGAUACCACAUGUUUGAGCUUUUUGAACAACCUUUUCAGAGUUGUAUAAGCAUAUAAACUUUGAAAGUUAAACUGAACAUUUGUGCUUUCAUAAGUCAACAUUAUGCCAAAUACCAGACAUGAAAAACCACUGAGGGAUAACAGCUCAUGCCUGACUUCACUUUAUUACUGUCAAGGACAUGACAAGGUCACUGCAACACCUUUACUCUCUGUCUGGGUGAGUUGAAGUCUUUUGGAAAGAGUGUGGUUUUAAAAUUGAGAGCUAAAGUCAUUUUUUUCUUCACAUUCUUUCAUUUAAUAAUUUGGAUAUUUUAAGGGGACUCAGUCUAGAGUUAAAUAUUGUCAAACAGUCUAAGGUUGAAAGUACUACAAUAGUGUCUGAAACUGUAUCCUUGACUUUUUGGGUCCAUCAUUCUCUGAAGAAAGAGGACCAGAUGACCAAAGAUACUGAUUAGAUAUUAAGAUAAGAUAUUGGCCCUCUCACCUUUGUGCAUAGGGGGUUUUAAAGGCAUCAUCUGAGUGUUCAUAUUGUUCAAAUAUUAGCAUAAUGAUGGAAAUAUUUUCUGUAUUGACCUCUCUGCAUGUUCACACCUGCAGUUUGGUGUGCUUCUGAGCCUGUAUGUUCAAUGAUUGCAUGUUUGCAUACCAAUACUAUAUUUUUAUAAAACUAUAGCCAUGUUUACACGUGCAACAUUUCUUGAUCCGAUCAAAAAAAUUGAGGGAUCAGAUAAUCUUAAUCCACUGUUUAUGGGUGCAAAAUCAAAUAAUCCGAUCAUGACGUGCGUACACAUGCACCAAGCUUUAUUCAGAUUAGAAGCAUUUAGACAUGCGCAGAGUUGUCUGAUUUCACCAAAACAACCGCAGAAGAAGAGUUGUAUUUAUGCCUGUACUGUCAACAAACCAACAAACGCGGUAGUGGCUCGUGAGUGUUCUCCUCCGUUAAAUAUUGUCACUAGAUGGCGCCCUUGCGUACUUAUUUUACUGUUCUGUCAUUACGCUGUAUGUACGCCUUGUUACGUUACCGGAGGAGCAGACACGGCACCUGCGGUUGUGUUUUAUGCCAGAGUGUUAAUAGCGAAACCUCCUGUACUGACCUCAAUAAACGAGCCAAAGACUGAAGAGUGAAGACCGAGUCAGGUAAGAGAGUCACGAUCAGAAUAAGUGUUUACAUGGAUACAUUUCGGAAUAAUGAUCGGCAUAAACCACCCCCCUCGAUCGGAAUACAAUUUCACUCCAAUUGAGCUGCAUGGGAUCAGAAUCUUCCGAUUGGCAAGUUUACACGACACAUUUCAUUCCAAUUGGGCAUUUAUUCUGAUUAUUUGAAUCUUAUGAGACAAUUAAGAGGCAUGCAUCUUGUCCUAUUUUGGAGGGAUAGAAAGAGGAGGCCAUUUCUCAUCAAUGUUCACACUCUUCUCUUCAAACCCAGAAAAGAGAGAGAUACCUGUCUGGAUAUGUAAGCCUUACCGAUGUAUGCUCCGAGCAUGUGUUAGGAGAGAAUUAGAGGCACCAUACUGGGAAGUAAAUAGAACACUAGUGCCUGCAAUGUGACACCUGCACUGUAAGCAGAAACAUUGUUCUUGCUGUACAGCGGUUGUUGUGGCCUUAAUCUGGCUGGCGGUACACAUGUAUGUUUGCACAGUGAAGUUUAAGCCGGAGUUCCACAUCGGUGCCUCGUUUAUUAUAUUCUUAUCAAGUUUAAUCAAUAAAGUAAACCAGCAGCACAGCACAGUGCACAACAGAUUAUUCAUUUCCUGAAAAAAGUGUUUUUUGUUUAUUUGCUCCUGAAAGAAAGGUAGUUUUAAACUCUGAUGAAGUAGUAAAGACUUUCUCUCUCCAUCCACUUCAUCAUACAUACACAGUCAUGGAUUGAAUGUAGCACCUUCAAGGUGAGAGGUCAGGGAGUGUGGCUCUUAAUCAUUGAGUUGAGAUGCUGACGAUUCAUGAUCAUCUCAGUCACAAUAAAAUGAAAAACAGGAUCAAACUGUGAUGGAGUUCAUCACAAAAUUGAUGUCAGUAUAUCUGUAACGAACAUGAGGAUGGUGGUGGGUGAUCAUCAUGAACUCACUGCUAAGUUGUCAAAAUUCGCACAGGAAAUAUUGUUCAGAUAUGUUUAUGCAGGGCAGAGCUAGAGCAGUUCGGGUUAGGGUGCAGCUUAAAAUGAUCCAGAACAAAAUCAGUCUCUCACUUCUGUUUGAACCUGGUGAUUAUAAAUUCCAUUAGUGGUCCUCUGCUGAGAAAACACAACCUAAUGGCGAUGAUGAGGGCUCUGUGGGUCUUUGGUCAGUUUGGGGUGCAUCAGGCCGUGCCCAGUGUUAGCACUCUCCCCUCCACAUUCCCUCAUCUGCCCAGCCCAGCUGUGAGGUCAGUGAGCUCCGGAUAAACCUCACAUGGUCCAGAAAAUGAAAAUCCACCGUGAUAGUAAACACACGCUGUUAGUUUGAUUUUAACAGCACCCUCGCGGACUCUUUCCAUCAGACGGUAGAGUAAACACACAAGUAAAAAACGAAGUCUUGGUGGAGCUGCAGUUUUAUCUUUUUCUUUACACCCUCUCUAUAUUUGGACCUUAAGUUUCCCCGAUUCUCACGUCGUCUUUUGUCCUGACUCUGUUAAGAUCUCCUGUUUUCCUGCCUGAUCCCUCAACCUCUUUCUUUGUUUACUGGGGCAGAUGUGAAGUGGUAUUGAGGAACAGCCUUAACUCACCUCCACAACAACCAGCGCUGCUGCUGCUGCCUUCUAGCCCUGCAUUAUUGAACACGCUGCAGCACGGCCCGAAGACUCGACACCAGGUCAGAGCCACAGAUUCAGAAUCAGCUGUAGCGGACAAGCUAUAUUUAAAUCAGGGUCAGCUCUGCUCUGAGACGAGCGUGCAGUGAAAUUACCAUUUGUUAAUAAUCUAUGAAUGGCUUGUGUCUGUCUUUUAACAUCAUUGAUGUCGGGUUCAAGGGGCCUAAUCCCAAUCAACAAGAGUUAAUGGGAAAAUGCAUUGCGAGGAAACACACCUAAAUUGAAGAACUAAUAACCCUGCUUCCUCUAUCAAAUCAUCUGUUUUAAUUAUAACAAAAAAGCGAAACGAUUGGGAUCUUAUUGAAACAUUUGAUUGAGUUCUUUUCAUUUUCUCAUUUUUUCAACCUUGUGUGUUGAGACACCAUCAUUUGAGUGUGGAAAUGUCUGUUUCUUUCACAAGUGCUGCUUCCAGGAUAAACUUGAGGCCUACAAGACGUGGAUCAUCAAGCAUUUCCCCCCAAAAGCCCCUGGGCUCCUAUAUAUUUUCACACAUGAGUAGGUAAACCAUCCAAUAUCCUGAACGGGGCAGAAAUCUGAAGUAUCUGCUCUGCACAGGUCAGCUAAUGUCAUGCUGUAGCUCUCCUGAUGUCUAACUCCUCCCAACUCUUUCGUCCGUCUGGGUGUUUUGUUCUGGGGGUUCAAUCUUUUCAGAUCAUGACUUUCCAGUUGGGUGUGUGAUGCACAUACUUAAAGAACUUCAAGGUGGAGGCGGGAUCACAGGGAAUGCCAAGGCAAUUAAUCCUAUGACCCGCUGGAGGUCAGAAGGAGACGUUCAUGGGCAGAAUUUCAUCACUUCAAAGGAAAAUGGGCCAGAAGUGUACCAGAUAACUACGAAGAGGAUUUCAUCUUUAUCAUAUUAUUUUACUAUAUGAAUUCUUAAAAUUUCUAUUUCUGUAACAAGCCUUUAUGAAUAUAAAUGCUCAAUAAGCACAGCUCCGAUCAGUGGCCUCUACUGAAGAGCAGAGACAAAUAUCAGUUUCACUGGGUAAUGUUAGUCGAGGAAAAUAGUCUGUAAACUUCAGCUGUUCCUCUGUGAGAAAAUAGAAAAACUUUUACUAUUUAACAGAUGAGUCACUGAUGCACCAUGAUGAGAAUUUAAGCAUGCCGAACCGACUGACUCUGAGCUAAAAAGUGGUCGUAAAAAGUUAUCAGGUCUGCUUCUGUGCGAGUGUGAUGAUAUCAGCAGCAGUGAGCUGUUCUGUUCUACUGAAGGACCAGCUGGAGCUCAGAAUCAGAUGUUCGGGUUAUGUUUUUUUUUUUUCUUCCUUUUUUCUCCUCAGGUGUUGUAACAGUAUCCAUGAGGACACUUUGACUCUCCUUUGACAGCCGCGCUGCCUGCAGUCUGGUUUGCAUCUGCCAUCUCUGACUAUCUGAUGAGGGAAGAAAUGGAAAGUAAGCAACUGCUCCCAAAAAAUCUUACUUACCCAAAAUGUGUUCCUGUGACUCAGACACAUAUGGUGAGUCUGAACAGGAAAUUACUCUAAAGUGAUUCAAGGACAGAAUAUUUCAGUGUUUGAAGGGAGUAUCUCUUUUGUCAAUUUGAGCGUUUUCCAGUCUAUGAUAGAAGAUUCACUGUGUUAGCAAAUGAAGGCAUGAAAAAUUGGAUAAUGUGUCAACACCUUGUGUGUAAGGGGUUCUGGGAAAAGCCAAUUUAGCUCCCUCAAACCACAUAAUAGCAGGAUUUGACAGCUGAGGUGAAGUUUUACCAUCACAGAUGCUGAGAGCUCUGAUAGGACAGUGUCCUCAGAGUCUCAUUUUCUAACAUACAGAACUCUGUGAGUUUCUAACAUAGAUCCUUGUGUGCCAGAGUGAUAUCACGUUGGACUUGGGGUGCAGAGCACAAAGUGAGAGGGGAACUCAGGCUGUGCAGUUAAUACUUUCUCUCGUUCAGAAUUGACAAUUUAAACCUAGUAAAGUGUAAAAUUAACAGUUUAGGCAAGUUACUGAAAUCAGUCAGAGAUUAGCUAAGUUACUGUCUGUAAGAGUGAUCAGUUAUGGAAGAGAGUCACUUCAGUGUUCCUUCAUUUUGCUGUAAUAUUCUCAUUGAUAUGAUCGGAUUCAUUACAGCCAACUCAACAGCUAAUAUAGCAAAUUGGUAUUAAACAACACACCUUCCUCUGAGUCUGUUUUGUCCUUCCUGGUUUACAGAUAGUGGAUGACGUGGCCUCUCAUUGACCUGCUGAGAUAAUCCUAUCUGUAUUUUCUAUUCACAGCAUCAUACUCUCUGGCAUCUAUUGCAGAAAUGUGUUGUUUGGUUAGGUCCUUCAACUAUGUGCUUAUAGACCACAACUCACCCCUUUAUUCUUGACGUUUUCCUCCAGGAAGGACAAAUAACGUUGGUUUUUACAAGGUUGACAGCUAUUCAGCCAUUGUACAUUUUUUGUGAGAUAUUCUCUCUCCCAGGACUCCAGUUAUAACCUCAUUGCCGGGUCAGAUAAUUAAACUGAUGCAGGUGUUGUGAUGUGAAGUAAUGAUUGAUAAAUCCUUUCAGACAUCUGUUGUGUAACUGUGUUAUUAGAUUUGAAAUGAAGGGCACGGUGCAAGUUACCACAAAUAGGAGUGGAGUUACAAAGAUAGUACUCGUCAUAAUAAUAGAUUGCAAUCUAUUGCAAGCAAUAAUUUUACAGAUUUUUGGUGACAGUUUUUCACCUCAUAACCAAAUAUUUUGUCAAAUGUGAAUGUUGUUUAUCAGCAAUAAGGUGAAUGGAAAUAAAUCAGUCCUUUUAGAAUGAAAAGAUUAACAAAUUACUAGAUUAAACUAGACUAGAUUAGAUUAUAUUAGAUUAGAUUAGAUUAGAUUGAUUAUAUUAGAUUAUAUUAGAUAAGACUAGAUUAGAUUAGAUUAGAUUAGAUUAGAUUAGAUUAGAUUGGAUCAGAAUGGAUUAGAUUAAACUAGACUAGAUUAGACAUGACUAGAUUAGAUGGGAUCAGAUUAGGUUAGAUUAUAUUAGACUAGACUAGACUGGAUUAGAUUAGACUAAACUAGAUUAGAUUAGAUUGAAUACGAUGAUUUAGAUUAGAAUAGAUGAGACUAGACUAGAUUAGACUAGACUAGAUUAGAUUAGAUUAGAUUUUACUAGAGUAGAUUAGUAUAGACUAGACUAGACUAGAUCAGACCAGAUCAGAUUAGAUUAGAUUAGAUUAGACUAGAUAAAAUUACAUUAGACUAGACUAGAUGAGAUUAGAUUAGAUUAGACUAGACUAGAUUUUAUUAGAUUACAUUAGAUUAGAUUAGUCUAGAUUAGAUUAGACUAGAUAGAUAAAAUUAGAUUAGAAUAAAUUAGAUUAGAUUAGAUUGAAUAGAUUAGAUUUAAUUAGAAUAGAUUAGAUACAAUUAAACUAGAUUAGGCCAGAUAACAUUAGAGUAGAUUAGAUACAAUUUAAUUUGUCCCUUUGUGAAGGUUUGCCCAAGGAAAUUAAAAACAAAUAAAUAAUUAAAUCCAGAGCCCACAUGUAAUACACAGUUGGGAUUUGUAACUGUUUCUAAAUCAGUGAGACAAAUCUGAAUCAAAACCUCUAGGAAUAAAUAAAAACCUGCACUGCACCAUCAGCCUGGAGGCAGAGUGAAGCUAAAAAUAAACAGAUUUUUUUAAAAAAAAAGGAAUUUCCAGUGAAGUUUUCAAACAAAUUCUGUGCAGCAUCCAUGUCGCUGUGUUUGUGUAGUUGUGUUCGCGCGGCAAGUUUUGAAGAUAAGUCCUCAGCAGGUCAGAAAACUGUUUGAUACUGAGAGAGUUAGUCGCUCAGACAGAGCACAGGUGACAGAUAUAAAUAAUGCAUAAGAGGAAGAGGAGGCUGGAUAUAAAAAGCACACUCAGAUAUUCACAGUUACAGUUCAGCAGAGCCGUACUGUACUGUUGCUUGUGUAACUUUAUUAAACAGAACCAGACAAGUGCAGCUGGUACAGUUUCAAACACAUUAGCACAAGAGAAUAAACAGGUAUAUACAGAGAGAACGUAUAUAAGGUACCCACACAUAUUCGUGCAAGUCUUUGUGCUUGUAUAAACAGCCCUUAACCCACCCCCACUGUAGCUGACUUUGUGCUGCUACUCCCUUAGGCUCAGAAGACAGUCUGAAGCUGCACUUUAGUGCCUAACAGUGGAGAACAGCUUUAAAAGGAAAGUCUCAGGUCUCUCCAUCUGUUGUUCAGUUCUGGGCCAGGCAGCAAGAACUACAGUAAAACCGCUUCAGUGAUCAAAAAUUACAAACCUCAUGUCAGCAGCAGCAGCACCACCACCACCACCGUAUACCCAGCAGUCAGUUGCUUACGUCUCCACCGAGAACCCCGAAGGCUCGCAUUUGUCCUCCUUUGCUGUUGUGAUUGAUACUGCAGGUAGAGCGCAUUAGCUCCAUACAGGUGUUGUCUAAUUAGCUGCAGAAGAUUAAUGGUGUGGAUUAAUCGGCAGUAAGAGUUUGUAUGAGCACCUCAGUGUUCAAGUUAAUUUCAUGGAAAUGAGGGUGACGUGGUUGUUCAAGUUCACGUGCGUAACCUGAUAUUUUAGAGUUCUAAAUCAGCCUCGCCAUUAAUCUCUAUAAACCUUGAGGAUUAAUUAUACGGAACUGUUCCUAAAACUGCAGUCGUCAAUAUCUUCUAUAUUGUUCUUACUUUUGUUUGCUCUAGUUUUCCUCAACUGUUGAGGGUCCUUUAGUAUCUUUCAGGUGCUUGUUUUGGCUUUAAGCUGUGGCAUGCAUUUUAUUAGUGGUCAGUGAAGUUUGGAUACAGUUCAGUCUUAUACAAUACUACAAAUUAAUGUUAAUUGCCAAGUGUGGUGUAACAGGAUUUUUGAGGCUUUGAAAACACCCUCCAAUGUAACUUGUACAUGCUGGGGUUUGAGAUUAAGGGCCUGUGUCCACUUGCAGCAUCUGUUUUGCAUCCUAAAACUAAUCAGUCAGUGUCCUCAGCAUAAAAACACUCAGUGUCAGCUGUUUUUGUUGCUGCAUCCACAGGACUUUUGGAACAAUAAUGCAAUGUUGCCAUUUCUCCAUUAGCGACCAAUCAAAAUAAAAAGGGGCAGGACUUCUGAAGUUAACUUAGUCGACAACAACGGUAAGUCUAGGAAUGUCUAGGGAAGCUAAAGUGCUGUAAGUGAAAUUUCAUAGCCAAGCCACAGUGAGCAUGAUGGAGAAGAACACAGAAUUUAAGCACAUAUGAUGCGUUCCAGUUGUACUCAGAAGUUGGGAUUUUUGAGCUCCAAAUCGGAAAUUCAUCUGGAACACCCCCUGAAGUCAGAUUUCCAACUUGGAAAGUCAGACGAUCCUCACCAGCGUCAAAAUUCAAGAUGGCAGCACAGUGCAUCAACAGUAAAGAGUAACAGUAAAAGCUCUUGUAAUGUAUUAUUUGUUAGCACUUCUGUUUUGUUUUUCUGAAAUUAAAUAAGUGAUAUAUGUUGUACUGCCCAACAUCUCACUGUGAACACGGCGCUAUGGUGUUUGUAGUGUAAAAUACUGUGUUGUGCAUUGUUUACAACUGGUAUCGCUAACAGCAACUAUAAACAGCCGACAACGACUAACAACGGCUGGCAGUAGGCGUCCAUCUUGGUUUUCCGACUUGUUUACUGGAAUGCUGUCAACUCAGUGUCUAUUUCCAGCUCCGACUUCCAAGGUAACUGGAACGCAGCAAUAAAACAGCACAAAUGGACACAGGCCUUACAGCCAUUUUGACUUUGUGCUGUAUGUUAUGCUGUAUAUUUUUUUGCUUGUUUUGUUUUUUGUGUGUCUCUUUUAAAAGCUGCCAAAUAAUUUUAUGAAAAAAUAAUUUUCAGUUCUCAAAACACAAAGAACAUCCAAACUUCUUCUUCAGGUCUGGAUGAAAGGAAACCGAUUUGGUGGCUGUCAGAUAAAAAGUAAUAAACCGUCUUUAAUGGAGGAUCAGUGGAGCUGAGCAACUGUGUGGAGCCAUGCGCGGUGAAAACAGCUGACAUGAGAAACCGAUGAAGAAAGAGGCUUAAGCGAAGACUCUAAAGACCCGGAACAGAGGGCUAAAGAGUAAACAGAGAGGGGAGGAGGCAAGUCACAUGCACACGCACACACACUGCCACAAGUGACCAAACCCCCGCCUGUAUCUACAAGAUGCUACCUACUGAAGUUAGUAAGUGUGCAGAGUGCCUCAUAAUUAGUCUCUCAACAGGCUGGACAUUGUUAAUCUUAAUCUGUCUCUUAUCUCUGGUUCCAGACGAGGGGAAUUAGCGGCCUUCACCCCUCCACUUGGCUUCUCUUCACGCCUCAGCCAUUUCUCCUCAUUAUGCCAUCACAGGACCAUGUGGCCCGACGCGAUACAACAGCAGACCCCGGCUAGCUCGUUAGCUCUAUUCUAAUUCUUGCCUGAUGAAUGAUAUGUAACCUCUGCUGCGUUGUCCCCACAGAGAGAUCGAUUCUGCGACCAGAGAGGUUCUUUAAUCACGUUAGACUUAUAAAGAAGUGCUUAUUGUGGUUUUCAAGUGCACAUGAGCACGGAUGUAUUCUUGCAUUCACAGUGAGACAAAUUCAUGCGCUUAAAAUGAAAACACCCCAGGGAUGUUCAUUUUUGUAUUCUUAAACACACUCCUGUACACCCUAAAGCAAGGUGUGCAUUAGAAUUCCUAAAGCUUGUGUUCCUAUUAGCAUUAUCUGAGCUCACUCCGGCACUGUUUCAAAAAGAAAGGAACAACUCAAACUUAUCAUCCGGCAUCCUCCGUCACCAUCCAGAUAAAGCUAAUUAACAAAUUGCAUUCUUCUACUGCCACACUCAGACUGAUGUAUCCAUCUUUUACUGAUAACCACUUCCGACUUGCCUUGCUUCACGUGUUUAAGCUAGCCCCCAUAGCAUCUUGGGAAAAUCUCUGUCAGCAUCAGAUAGCAGUUCAUAGUCAUUCCAUACACAGCGUAGUAAUCCCAGAACAGGUUCUGCCAAAAACAAGAGAUAAAUAAGUAAUGAGAGUGAGUGCAUAGAAAAACAUCAGCAAGAAUGGAAGACAAUGUGAGUAUAUGAAGUAAAAAAAGACAAAAGACGGUGUGUCUUAUCUGUGAGAGGUUUUACCCUCCUUUCCUUUUUCAAUCGAAGAUACAGCCCUGUCUUGUCUCCGGAGAGUGACGCUUUCAGCACGGCCCUGCACCAUCUGAUUGCUAUUUCACUAAUAUUAUUUUUAUGCAAAUGUGUAUUUUCCUACAUCCUCUUUUUCAUGUCUUAAUGAAACGUCUGCUCUGCUGGCAGCACUGCCAUCUCAAGCUACAUGAAGAAAAAUCACCAGAUACACGUCUGAACACAUCUGAGCAUUGUUUUCACUUCCCUGGCGCUGCAGAAGAGAUGAGCUGCACAUGUUCAGCAGUUAUGAAGAUACAAGACACAUGUAUGAUUGGAUUUCCACACCAGGUAUGUCAGUGAGUAAAUUUUAUUCACAUGACAUUUUUCACAGACAACAGUCACAAGGUGCACUCUAUAGCCACAAAUGAGAACAGCACCUUACUUCAUCAACAGUACAUAUAGGGUCCCAGCCAUAGAACUAGCCACCAAACAUGUUUUUAGCCAUUACAGACUGCAGCGGGGUGACGCAGCCCAACGAAGAACAUUUAUGAUC